AUGAAAAGGUGCCCGUCCAUGCCAGUGAAUGGAGACAGCGAGGGGGAACCCAGCUUCUUCUCUGUGCAGCAGCAUGGUGAGAUGGGAGGUCUCUGGCCAGGAAGAUGUACCCUCCAGGCCAUCAGAGAUUGUGUAGUAGCCUAACCACAGCUCUCUCAUUCCAUCUGCUUCUACCAAAUCUCUCAACCGAACUCCAAUACUGUUAAUUACACCAACUGGUUCUGAUGCCCACGACUUCUCCAGAGGCGAUCAGCUUCGAAACACAGCGGCUGCAGCUUACAAUGAAGGAGAACAACAGCCCGCCACCAGAAAUGUUUCCAUAUUCUCGCUCACAGCUGUCUAACUCUAGGUAGACUGGGAGAGACGGCGUGAGUGAGUAUGUGAGAGAUAGAGUCCCAAAUCGUUCCCUACCCCUUCCUUUUGGCCCUAGAUCUAUAGAUCUGUAACCUAAGCAAUAUGGUGUGGGCUUCACCACUACCCUGAAUAUACCUAUCCAGAGAUAGAGAGAGAAAGAGGAGGAGAGUGGCAGUGGACGAGUUGGAACCGGGGAGCAGGCAGAGGCAGCUCGGAUUUAAUCUGUCUGUCUUAUCUUAAUCAAAGCUUAAUUGAUUUUCCCUUAAGGCCACGCCCCCGGACAAGCUCAGAACAGAAGACAAACACUGUUUUAUCUCACCACCCCUCUCCAGAGGACAAGACAGGGGAAUAGUCCAUUGUACUAGCAGGGGAAUAGACUAUUGUACUAGCAGGGGAAGAGGCCAUUGUACUAGCAGGGGAAUAGUCCAUUGUACUAGCAGGGGAAUAGUCCAUUGUACUAGCAGGGGAAUAGUCCAUUGUACUAGCAGGGGAAGAGGCCAUUGUACUAACAGGAAAUAGACCGUAAAUGGCAUGCCAAAUGGGAUGUUUGUUAUGACAACGACCAGAGAAAGUUGGCUAUAUGGCACAAACCCAUCUGGAACCAGGCGUGUUGUGUAUUAGCCUGGUUCCAGAUCUGUAUACAACAGAGUUGGAGUGUUUUAUUAGUAUAAAUGCAUGAUAUGUUUCUAGACCGUGUUCUAUUACUCAUAUAGUGUAUGUUUUGAAAGAUAAUCUAUUUCAGUCGUGCGGUCUGUCUGUGCGGGCUACAAGGCAUUCCAGAUUUAGCAUCACAGCAGAUGAUUUGUCGCAGACAAACAUCACAGCAGAUCAUGUUGCGAGUGGCCCCUAGACUUUCGACUCUCACGUUAUGACUGCUGAUGAACCACUCGUCUUGACAGUUCAACAGACGAUGCACAUAGAAGAUAAGCUUUAGCAUAAUGUGGACUGCGCUCCAUUGACGCAGCACAUACAGUGGGGAAAAAAAGUAUUUAGUCAGCCACCAAUUGUGCAAGUUCUCCCACUUAAAAAUAUGAGAGAGGCCUGUAAUUUUCAUCAUAGGUACACGUCAACUAUGACAGACAAAUUUAGAAAACAAAAUCCAGAAAAUCACAUUGUAGGAUUUUUUAUGAAUUUAUUUGCAAAUUAUGGUGGAAAAUAACUAUUUGGUCACCUACAAACAAGCAAGAUUUCUGGCUCUCACAGACCUGUAACUUCUUCUUUAAGAGGCUCCUCUGUCCUCCACUCGUUACCUGUAUUAAUGGCACCUGUUUGAACUUGUUAUCAGUAUAAAAGACACCUGUCCACAACCUCAAACAGUCACACUCCAAACUCCACUAUGGCCAAGACCAAAGAGCUGUCAAAGGACACCAGAAACAAAAUUGUAGACCUGCAACAGGCUGGGAAGACUGAAUCUGCAAUAGGUAAGCAGCUUGGUUUGAAGAAAUCAACUGUGGGAGCAAUUAUUAGGAAAUGGAAGACAUACAAGACCACUGAUAAUCUCCCUCGAUCUGAGGCUCCACGCAAGAUCUCACCCCGUGGGGUCAAAAUGAUCACAAGAACGGUGAGCAAAAAUCCCAGAACCACACGGGGGGACCUAGUGAAUGACCUGCAGAGAGCUGGGACCAAAGUAACAAAGCCUACCAUCAGUAACACACUACGCCGCCAGGGACUCAAAUCCUGCUGCGCCAGACGUGUCCCCCUGCUUAAGCCAGUACAUGUCCAGGCCCGUCUGAAGUGUGCUAGAGUGCAUUUGGAUGAUCCAGAAGAGGAUUGGGAGAAUGUCAUAUGGUCAGAUGAAACCAAAAUAGAACUUUUUGGUAAAAACUCAACUCGUCGUGUUUGGAGGACAAAGAAUGCUGAGUUGCAUCCAAAGAACACCAUACCUACUGUGAAGCAUGGGGGUGGAAACAUCAUGCUUUGGGGCUGUUUUUCUGCAAAGGGACCAGGACGACUGAUCCGUGUAAAGGAAAGAAUGAAUGGGGCCAUGUAUCGUGAAUUUUUAAGUGAAAACCUCCUUCCAUCAGCAAGGGCAUUGAAGAUGAAACGUGGCUGGGUCUUUCAGCAUGACAAUGAUCCCAAACACACCGCCCGGGCAACGAAGGAGUGGCUUCGUAAGAAGCAUUUCAAGGUCCUGGAGUGGCCUAGCCAGUCUCCAGAUCUCAACCCCAUAGAAAAUCUUUGGAGGGAGUUGAAAGUCCGUGUUGCCCAGCGACAGCCCCAAAACAUCACUGCUCUAGAGGAGAUCUGCAUGGAGGAAUGGGCCAAAAUACCAGCAACAGUGUGUGAAAACCUUGUGAAGACUUACAGAAAAUGUUUGACCUGUGUCAUUGCCAACAAAGGGUAUAUAACAAAGUAUUGAGAAACUUUUGUUAUUGACCAAAUACUUAUUUUCCACCAUAAUUUGCAAAUAAAUUCAUAAAAAAUCCUACAAUGUGAUUUUCUGGAUUUUUUUUUCUCAUUUUGUCUGUCAUAGUUGACAUGUACCUAUGAUGAAAAUUACAGGCCUCUCUCAUCUUUUUAAGUGGGAGAACUUGCACAAUUGGUGGCUGACUAAAUACUUUUUUCCCCCACUGUAUAGCUGAUAGAGCUGGAAAUUACCAGGGACCUCAGGAUCCGGUAUCAUCUUGAUACUUAGGUGCCGAUACGAUAUGUAUUGCGAUUCUCACGAUUCUAUAUGUAUUGCAAUUCGAUAUUGCAAUUUGAUGUCCAAACAUAUUGCUCACUAUAUGUCUGCUGCAGAGAGACAAGAGAAAGCCAUGAGAAAAUUAGAUUUGAUCAGUCAAGGAAAUAAAAGUGAUGAAAACAUGCUGGCUCACUAUUUAAAAAGAAGAUGGAGAACAAGCUAGAGGAUGAAAAUAUCAGCGUUUUGGCAGAGGUACAGCUGACUAGCGCUAGCUAACGCUACCUUACAAAUCGAUACCUGGAGUCAAAUAUCUAUAUAAUUUAGUCCCAAAAUAAUAUGGUAAUAUGAAAGUGCAUCGAUUUUUUCCCCCAUCACUAAUAGCUGAGAGUGAAAGUUUGUUGUGGAAGAGAGUGAGAAAGGAAAGAGAAGUUUCUAGAACAUGACAGGCAUAUGUAUUUAAUCUACUAGACUAAACAGACAGUAGUGAUCUUGAGAAUGCACGAACCAUGAUAGCAUAACCUACUACUCAACUACAGGAAAGGAAGGGCCUUACGAAAUGACUGCAGGCAUGAGCGAGCUGGGGAUGUUUUGGUGGGGGCAGCUAAAUGUAAGCUAAAUAUUGCCCCCUAUCAGGCACAAUGAAUUACUGCACUUGCAAGUGUGUGCCUCCAACUUAGACCUCCACGGCCCUGUUCAAAUUCCUUAGACAUGUUUUCUUCCUUCCUUCUCUGAUCGAACCUGCUUGGAUAGGUCAGUGACAGCAAUACUUCCAAUAUGUUGAUUUCACCUAUCAUGUGAGAUCAGUAAUUAGGCUACCUCAUUGAAGUGAGUGAGGAAGGAAGGAUGCAUUUUUACUCAAACAAGGCCUAUGUCUAACAGGGACCACUUCAUCUGGAGCAAAGAUAUUUUAAAAGGUAAAAGAGAGAGAUGAUUACUAACUCUCUCUUGCCCUGCCGUGUCCCAGAUGAGGAAUUUGUGAAGCUCAUUUUGAUACUGCACCGUCUUUGUCAUGAAGGAUGCCCUGGAAAACAAAAAUAACCAUACAAUGUGAGUCACAUUUCAAGAUAAUGUUAACCUGGUUUAAUACAGUGGUUCCCAACUCCGGUCUUCCAGUACCCCAAACAGCACACAUUUUUGUUGUAGCCCCGGACAAACAUACAGUACUUGAUUCAAUUCAGAGGCCUGAUGAUAAGUUGCCAAGUUGACUCAGGUGUGCUUGUCCGGGGCUACAUAACACUUUUGUACUGUUGGGGGUACUGGAGGACCGGAGUUGGGAACCACUAGUUUAUUACACUGAACAAAAAUAUAAGCGCAACAUGUAAAGUGUUGGUGCCAUGUUUCAUGAGCUGAAAUAAAAGUUCACAUAUAUCGUAUUUCUUUCUAAUUUUGUGCACAAAUUUGUUUACAUCCCUGUUAGUGAGCAUUUCUCGUUCGCCAAGAUAAUCCAUCCACCUGACAGGUGUGGCAUAUCAAGAAGCUGAUUAAACAGCAUGAUCAUUACACGGGUGCACCUUGUGCUGGGGACAUUAAAAGGCCACUCUAAAGUGUGCAGUCCUGUCACACAACGCCACAGAUAUCAAGUUGAGGGAGCAUGCAAUUGGCAGGCUGACUGCCACCAUGUCCACCAGAGCUGCCACCUGGACAGCUGAUGAAACUGUGGGUUUGCACAACCGAAGAAGUUCUGCCCAAAAUGUCAGAAACCUUCUCAGGGAAGCUCAUCUGCGUGCUCAUCGUCCGCACCAGGGUCUUGACCUGACUGCAGUUUGGCAUCGUCAGUGGGAAAAUGCUCCCCUUCGAUGGCCACUAGCAUGCUGGAGAAGUCUUCACGGAUAAAUCCUGGUUUCAACUGUACCGGCAGAUGGCAGACAGUCGUGUUGGCAAGCGGUUUGUUAAGUCAACGUUGUGAACGGAGUACCCCAUGGUGGCGGUGGGGUUAUGGUAUGGGCAGGCAUAAGCUACAGACAACGAACACAAUUGCAUUUUAUCGAUGGCAAUUUUAAUGCCCAGAGAUAACGUGGCGAGAUCCUGAGGCCCAUUGUCGUGCCAUUCAUCCGCCACCAUCACCUCAUGUUUCAGCAUGAUAAUGCACGGCCCCAUGUUGCAAGGAUCUGUACACAAUUCCUGGAAGCUGAAAAUGUCCCAGUUCUUCCAUGGCCUGCAUACUCACCAGACAUGUCACCCAUUGAACAUGUUUGGGAUGCUCUGGAUCGACGUGUACGACAGCGUGUUCCAGUUCCUACCAAUAUCCAGCAACUUCGCACAGCCAUUGAAGAGGAGUGGGACAACAUUCCACAGGCCACAAUCAACAGCCUGAUCAACUCUAUGCGAAGGAGAUGUGUCGUGCUGCAUGAGGCAAAUGGUGGUCACACCAGAUACUGACUGGUUUUCUGAUCCACGCCCUAAAGGUAUCUGUGACCAACAGAUGCAUAUCUGUAUUCCCAGUCAUGUGUAAUCCAUAGAUUAGGGCCUCAUUUAUUUAAAUUUACUGAUUUCCUUAUAUGAACUGUAACUCAGUAAAAUCUUUUGAAAUUGUUGCAUGUUCCGUUUAUAUUUUUGUUGAGCGUACAAUAAGGCUCACCCCUUUAAUCCAUCACAAAAAAAAAAGUGAUACAUUGAUUAGCCUGGUCCCAGAUCUGUUUGUGCGAUCAUGUCAACUCUUUGACACUCGUUGUCAUGACUUGACAUGAUAGCAGAAACCGAUUUGAGGCCAGGCUAUAAAUUAAUUAGACCGGGAUGACAUUACUGAGAAUGUAACAUGAACAGAACACCUCCCCCUCCACAUACACCAACCCCCAACAAAUCCCAAUCUGUGCAUACAUUUUCUAAAUGUAUUUCUCAAAGCAUCGGCAGGCAGUGCAGUAAGGGGUGGCAGGUUAGAGAGGCAAGUCAGCAACCGGAGGGUUGCCAGUUCGAAUCCUGGAUCCGACGGAAAAAAUCUGGCGGGAAGUGAGCUGGCAACCGGAGGGUUACUGGAAUCAAAUCCUAGAUGCCAUUGCCUGCCGUUGUACCCUUAAGCAAGGCACUUAACUCCCCACAACAACAGCUCCCUGGGCGCCCAGUGUGGCAGCCCCUCUCACCUCUCCAAAAACCUAUGCAUGUACUGUAUGUGUGUAUUUUUCGGAGCGGUUGGGUUUAAAAGUGUAAGUCAAAUUUCGGUUGGACCUUGUAGGUUAGGCAAUAAUUCUUCCAGGAUAUUUACAGUGGGUGAAGAACUAUAACUUACCCAAUAGUUGGAUUAAUGUUGGGGUCAAAGUUGUCCUCCACAAACCUCCAAACAAUGCUUGACUUUCCAACCCCAGUGUCCUGAAGAAUCACAAGAGAAAGGAGUUUAGUGAAUGUUAGAAUUCAUCCAAGAAUCCAUCCAUACUUGGUUACUGCUAAGGCCACACAGACCAUUAAUCAUCAUCAGGAUGACAUCAUUAUGUGAAGAGAAAACCCCACUGGUUCAAGAAGAAGUAUUCCUGCUACUAUGUUGCAAAUAUUGCGCAACACUUGUGCAAUACAUUCAAAAUGUAAUGUGUAUCAAUGUGACUUGAAAAAGAGGUGCAACUGUACACAUAUUGGUCAGUGUGGUAUUGGGUUCAGGUUCGGAGUUCAUAUUUGACACAGAAUUCCUUUAAAUAGUUAAUGACGGCCUCCCGAGUUGCGCAGCGGUAUUGAGGCGUCACUACAGACCCGGGUUCGAUCCCAGGCUGUGUCACAACCGGCCGUCCCAUAGGGCGGCGCACAAUUGGCCCAGCGUCGUCCGGGUUAGGGGCGGGUUUGGCCGGGGGGGCUUUACUUGACUCAUCGCGCUCUAGCAACUCCUUGUGGUGGGCCGGGCGACUGCAGACUGACUUCGGUCAUCAGUUGAACAGUGUUUCCUUCGACACAUUGGUGCGGCUGGCUUCCGGUUAAAGCGGGCGGAUGUUUAGGAGCGUGGUUUGGCGGGUAAUGUUUCGGAGGAUGCAUGACUCGACCUUCGCCUCUCCUGAGCCCGUUAGGGAGUUGCAGCGAUGAGAAAAGAUCGUAAUUGGAUAUGACGAAAUUGGGGAGAAAAAGGGGGGUAAAAUAGACUUCUACUUGAACAUGAUAAAAGUAAAGCCUUCAGUCAGGGUCAAAGUCAUGUCAUUUCAAUAUUAGCUCGCUGACUAAACUCCACUCCAUGGUGAAGGAAGUUUCUGAUGAACUGGUCUCUGCUCCACUCCGUUGGUGGAGUUCAUCAGAAACGUCCUUAACCAUGGAGGGGAGUUUAGUCAGCUAAACAUUAGCUAGUACGGUGCACAAAACUUUUAGCCAGUAUGCUGCAUUGCUGUGGCUUCUGUCACUUGAAAUACUCCAAUCUGAAUGAACAGAUAAUACAUAGUUAGAUGAAUACAAAUAAGAUUGUUGUCUUACCCCAAGAAGACAAACUUUUAACUCUCUCAACGUCAUAUCGAUCUCCAAAUUAAUAGAACGUUUAUGAACAUUCCAACCACUUAACCGAUUGCUAGCUAGCUAACGUUAGAUGUUUAAGUUAGACAGAUUUCUAGCAAAUAACCUCUAUUUUAAUCAAAUAACUAUAUGCAAAUCCCAUACAGAUUGACGAGAAACAAAGAAAAAUAAACUCCUUAACCUCUCAACGUUAAAAAAUCACUGAUAUAAUUUCUCAUAUUAUGAUUACUGUAGCUGGAAAGCUACAAAAUACGGCGCAUAGACACCAUCUUGAACUACGGUCCAAUGUCGUGUCAUGUGACACUCCAUGGAUAUUUUUUGUUUAGCAAUGUAUGAAGCCAACACGAUUUCAUUAUUUUCGUUGCAAUUAUCCCAACGUAGAUUUUCCUACAUAUUUAACUACAUUAUUGUUUACUUGAUAAAAAAAACAUGAAAAACAACAUCAGGAAGUACUUUCAGGAAGUAGUUUUGUCAACGUUGAAUGAAAGUCAUAGAGAUAGAUAGGGGACUCAUCUUUGUAUCUGUGCCAUUAUAGCGUCUGUGACAGCGGUUGAGUUUUUAAACCCAGAGGCGCAACAUCGCCAGAUUUCUGGAAUCACUUGCCAAACAGACCAAGCCGGGGUUUGGGGUUUGAGAAGUCUAUGAGAGAAGUGAAAAAUUAUUCCUUAUUUAUUUUAUUUGACCUUUAUUUAACCAGGUAAGUCAGUUGAGAACAAGUUCUCAUUUACAACUACAACCUGGCCAAGAUAAAGCAAAGCAGUGCAAUAAAAACAACAACACAGAGUUACAUAUGGGGUAAAACAAAACAUAAAGUCAAAAAUACAACAGAAAAUGUAUUAGUUGUUCAUUUUCUCGAAAUCUUAUGGCACAACAUAUAUUUGAGCCAAUGUCUUAAGUAGUUGAACAUGUUAUUACUCCAACCUUUGAUUUGACGGCCUGCACAUUCGCAGUUUGGCGUGAGACGACCGUUAGAACCGAUGACGUGUUUCUACGCAUGAGCUUGCCAAUACCACCAUGACAUCACCUACAAGUGUGAUUGGGGAUUUCCAUUGGAGAAGCAGUUUUAGCCUGUCUUCAUAGGCUGCAGUCCAAAUUCAAAGUCGACAGCCCUCGGGCCUAAAUCCUCAUCCCUUGAAUUAUGUUUUACAUCGUCACAUCCUUGGUGGAAAUUCUUGGUGGAAAUCUUGAAAUUGAGCUUAAAAACAACCAACCUAAAGCUAUUAAUGUACCUAGCAAGCUAACCUAGCUAGCUAGCACUCCUGUCAGGUAGCUAGCUAGCUAGCUACAGUUACCCAUAGAUGGCUGGCUAGUUUUAUAGUUUGAUCAUUUAUUUUUUAUUUAUUUUUAAGAAGCUAGCUACGUUUUAUAGGCUUCUCACUACGAGACUAAGCCAAUUUGCCAAUAUUAAAAUCAAUGUCAUCUACAUAUAUUUUUUUAACAAGCUAGCGUCAUAAUUUUAUCUCACAUGCUGUGUUGAUUAAAUGUGACACUUUGCGGCCCGGAGUAUGACACGGGACUACAGUUUGCAUUGAAUUGUGGGUCAUAUCAACCCCACAAGUGAUCAAAGUUCUUCACUCGCUCCCUUAAGCUAAAUCGAGGGCAGAGGGGGAAACGUUAGUGAAUUGGACCUCCACUUAAGAUGGCAAUCAAACUGCAUCCGGUUUCGAUGGGGAUUACCCAAGGGAAAGUGGUUAGCGCGAGGGCUGCGGGGGUAAAAAUCGUUUGUUUGGACUGCAGCUAUACUGUACUGUCUUUGUUAAAAUGGUGGAAGCCCUCAAUGGCACUGCCCAUGCUAAGAUGGCCUUUUGGCCACUAGAGGCCUCUAUCAUUCUCUAUGGUAACAGCCCAAAUGGUAGAUCACCGAGCAGAUAAUCAAGAUGGCAGGUAUGUGGGUAGCUAGCUAUCGUAAUAACAUUUUUUCGAAACUUGAACGAAAUCGUGUCUGUGAAAAUACCGUUUAGGGUGUCUUUUAUGAAAAUUCGGCUACAUUGACGCAUAAUUUCUACCUUUGUUGUGUGUUGUUUUCAAGAACUAAGGAUAGCUUGCUACAUGGGCAGCAAGCUGUGUUUUCAAGCGAAAGGGAAAGCUAGCUAGCAAGUUCUAGUAUUUGUAUCUGCUUGUUGUUGACAACACUAACACUGCACAUGUUGUUUCUUGGUAUGGGUUGUAGCUAUAAUGUGUUAGGUCUAGCUAAUAUGUAAUGUUAGCUAAAUAUGUCAUGUCGACUUGUUUUCAAGGUACUGUAUCUGGCUAGCUAGCUAACUAGCUAGCUUGCUAAAUUAGCCAGUUGAUUUAGCUAGCUAGCUAGCCACUACGCCGAUAUCUUGGCAUACCAAAUCCAGCUCAAAACAAAGACAUGUAGCUAGCAAGCUACAUUGUGAUUUGGCAACCGUAAAUAACUUUACAGUAACGCGAAUUAGCCACAUAGCUUAUGUUAGUUCGUUAUUUUCAUUGGCUGAAACAGUAUAAACUAAAUUGUUAUGGGAAGAGUUUGUUUUGGAGUUUGGAGGAACAGUUCCUAAUUCUAUGUUUUAUUACCAUUGGCAGCUGGCCACUGCACUUUUAUGUGGUCUUACUUGUUACCACUGGAUUAGGCUAGACGCCUGCUAGCCAGCAAAUCCGACUCGCUUGUUUACAGCUGUACUAAAGUCAGACAGCAUUCCUGUGUAUAUUGAAGGGGUUAGAGUAAUCUCGCCCUUGCAUUCGAUUUGGAACCUGACUGCCUCCCAGGUGUGAGCCAGGUGCCCCGCUCUGUCCCACUGCGAAGUUGGCUCAAAACAAAAGUGACAUUGUAUUAAAAACAGUUAAAUGUAAUGGGAAAUGUAAUCUACGUAAUCCCAAAAGUAAUUAUUUAUCAUGAGAGGGCCAUUAACAAUAACUAGUAAUGAUGCAUAUGCCAAGAAAGGUUAAAAUCUCACCUUUUUGAUAAAAAUAGUUAUAAAUUGCUGAGGUGUAGUCACUUUUGAGGAUAUAAGCUCAAGUACACAGUAUACAUAUGAUAAGCAUAUACAGUGGCUUGCGAAAGUAUUCACCCCCCUUGGCAUUUUUCCUAUUUUGUUGCCUUACAACCUGGAAAUAAAAUGGAUUUUGGGGGGGUUUGUAUCAUUUAAUUUACACAACAUGCCCAUCACUUUGAAGAUGCACAUUUUGUUUAUUGUGUAUGUCAAAAAUAAGUCAAAAAAAACCGAACUUGUGCGUUCAUAACUAUUCAAAUCUCUGGAAGACUGAAACAGGUUUCCCUCAAGAAUUUCCCUGUAUUUAGCGCCAUCCAUUAUUUCUUCAAGUCUGACCAGUUUCCCAGUCCCUGACGAUGGAAAUGCUGCCACCACCAUGCUUCACUGUGGGGAUGGUGUUCUCGGGGUGAUGAGAGGUGUUGAGUUUGUGCUAGACAUAGCGUUUCCUUUGAUGGCCAAAAAGCUCAAUUUAAGUGUCAUCUGACCAGAGUACCUUCUUACAUAUGUUUGGGGAGUCUUCCACAUGCCUUUUGGUGAACACCAAACGUGUUUGCUUAUUGUUUUCUUUAAGCAAUGGCAUUUUUCUGGCCACUCGUGGAGUGUACGGCUUAAAGUGGUCCUAUGGACAGAUACUCCAAUCUCCGCUGUGGAGCUUUGCAGCUCCUUCAGGGUUAUCUUUGGUCUCUUUGUUGCCUCUCUGAUUAAUGCCCUCCUUGCCUGGUCUGUGAGUUUUGGUGGGCGGCCCUCUCUUGGCAGGUUUGUUGUGGUGCCAUAUUCUUUAAAUUUUUUAAUAAUGGAUUUAAUGGUGCUCCGUGGGAUGUUCAAAGUUUCAGAUAUUUUUUUAUAACCCAACCCUGAUCUGUACUUCUCCACAACUUUGUCCCUGACCUGUUUGGAGAGCUCCUUGGUCUUCAUGGUGCCGCUUGCUUGGUGGUGCCCCUUGCUUAGUGGUGUUUCAGACUCUGGGGCCUUUCAGAACAGGUGUAUAUCUAAGAUCAUGUGACACUUAGAUUGCACACAGGUGGACUUUAUUUAACUAAUUCCGUGACUUCUGAAGGUAAUUGGUUGCACCAGAUCUUCUUUAGGAGCUUCAUAGCAAAGGGGGUGAAUACAUAUGCACUUUUCCGUUAUUUAUUUUUUUAGAAAUUUUUGAAACAAGUUUUUUUUUUUCAUUUCACUUCACCAAUUUGGACUAUUUUGUGUUUGUCCAUUACAUAUGAAAUCAAAAUAAAAAUCCAUUUAAAUUACAGGUUGUAAUGCAACAAAAUAGGAAAAACGCCAAGGGGGAUGAAUACUUUUGCAAGGCACUGUAUGAAACUAUGAAAUAUUGUAUGUAUUUCCUAUUCAACAAAACUGUAUGAAUAAGGCUUGAAAUGACUUGUAUGCUUUCUAAAUAUAGUAUAAUCAAAUCAUAAAAUUACUAACUAUAAGAUUUCACCUUAUAACUGUAAAAUACAUAUUUGUGUGUUUAGUGUUAGAGAAAUUGUGCAUAUUUUCUAAAGGUCUCUCUUAAACAAAACAUCUGUCCCCAUCACUGAAUGUCUCACAGAGCUCUAGGUUGGCUUUCUGAACUCGUUAGGAACUCACCUUUUAAUCUCGUAUUCAUAUUGUCUGUCUAUGAGAAACAUAAUGUGUUUUUUGUUUAAAAUCGAUGAAUUAUGUUUAUAAAUCGAGCUAUGAAUGUGCUACAGUGAGGAAACCACUCUCCUGCUGCGCUACGAUGUAAGGAUUGCAGGCAUGUGCUUUCUUGGUGGCUGUGACGUAGGGUUCAAGUGGUUUCAGAUUUCACAUCCUACGUCACACAGGCUCAGAGAAUAUACUACUGUGUCCGUGGGAACCAGGGCUAUCACUCAAUGCAAGCCAUAUUGAUCUACGGUGUCCACAGAUCGAUUUAUAAGCGAAAAUGUAGGUUGUAAACCGGUACCAGAACCACGCAGGUCCCCUAAACAGGGGAUAUUUUUUUUUUUUUUUUUUACAUCUAAGAGGAUUAAUUAAGCAUGUGUAGUAAUUAGUAGGAUUCUGUUUUUUUCCAUGCAAAUGUGAUUCCUUUUGAUAAAAACGCUUUAUCUACCUUCCCAGUAAAAACUAGUUUGAAAAUUCAAACAUUUAUUUUAUGGGAAAGAGAUGUUGUACAGUUGAAGUCGGAAGUUUACAUACACCUUAGCCAAAUACAUUUAAACUCAGUUUUUCACAAUUCCUGACAUUUAAUCCUAGUAAAAAUUCCCUGUCUUAGGUCAUUUAGGAUCACCACUUUAUUUUAAGAAUGUGAAAUGUCAGAAAUAGUAGAGAGAAUGAUUUAUUUCAGCUUUUAUUUCUUUCAUCACAUUCCCAGUGGGUCAGAAGUUUGCAUACACUCAAUUAGUAUUUGGUAGCAUUGCCUUUAAAUUGUUUAACUUGGGUCAAACGUUUCACAUAGCCUUCCACAAGCUUCCCACAAUAAGUUGGGUGAAUUUUGGCCAAUUCCUCCUGACAGAGCUGGUGUAACUGAGUUAGGUUUGUAGGCCUCCUUGCUCGCACAUGCUUUUUCUGCCCACACAUUUUCUAUAGGAUUAAGGUCAGAGAUUUGUGAUGGCCACUCCAAUACCUUGACUUUGUUGUCCUUAAGCCAUUUUGCCACUACUUUGGAAGUAUGCUUGGGGUCAUUGUCCAUUUGGAAGACUCAUUUGCGACCAAGCUUCCUGACUGAUGUCUUGAGAUGUUGCUUCAAUAUAUCCACAUAAUUUUCCUUCCUCAUGAUGCCAUCUAUUUUGUGAAGUGCACCAGUCCCUCCUGCAGCAAAGCACCCCCACAGCAUGAUGCUGCCACCCCCGUGCUUCACGGUUGGGAUGGUGUUCUUCGGCUUGCAAGCAUUCCCCUUUUUCCUCCAAACAUAACGAUGGUCAUUAUGGUCAAACAGUUCUAUUUUUGUUUCAUCAGACCAGAGGACGUUUCUCCAAAAAGUACGAUCUUUGUCCCCAUGUGCAGUUGCAAACCGUAGUCUGACUUUUUUAUGGCGGAUUUGGAGCUGUGGCUUCUUCCUUGCUGAGCGGCCUUUCAGGUUCUGUCGAUAUAGGAAAUCUUCACAAGGUCCUUUGCUGUUGUUCUGGGAUUGAUUUGCACUUUUCGCACCAAAGUACGUUCAUCUCUAGGAGACAGAACGUGUCUCCUUCCUGAGCGGUAUGACGGCUGCGUGGUCCCAUGGUGUUUAUACUUGCGUACUAUUGUUUGUACAGAUGAACCUGGUCCUUCAGGCGUUUGGAAAUUGCUCCCAAGGAUGAACCAGACUUGUGGAGGUCUACAAUUUUGUUUCUGAGGUCUUGGCUGAUUUAUUUAGUUUUUUCAAUGAUGUCAAGCAAAGAGGCACUGAGUUUGAAGGUAGGCCUUGAAAUACAUCCACAGGUAUACCUGAAAUUGACUCAAAUUAUGUCAAUUUGCCUAACAGAAGCUUCUAAAGCCAUGACAUCAUUUUCUGGAAUUUUCCAAGCUGUUUAAAGGCACAGUCAACUUAGUGGAUGUAAACUUCUGACCCACUGGAAUUGUGAUGCAGUGAAAGAUAAUUUCACUUAUAAGUCUGUAAACAAUUGUUGGAAAAUUAUUUGUGUCGUGCACAAAUAUAGUUUGUUAACAAGAAUUUGUGGAGUGGUUGAAAAACUAGUUUUAAUGACUCCAAUCUAAGUGUAUGUAAACUUCCGACUUCCAACUGUAUGUGUAUAUAUAUAUAUAUAUAUAUAUAUAUAUAUAUAUAUUUUUAUGCCUUAAGGGGUCCUAGAAUUCUAAAUCAAAUAGCUAAAUAUUCUUGGUAUGACCAUCAUCUUAUAACACGUACUCAGUAUGACAUCAGAAAUUACAUAAUAACCAACUGUUGUUGAUUUUAAUCUUAUUUGUAUUUAGACACAGCAGAGACGAUGCACGAUAUGGCUUGGAAAACAUACCUCAAUCCAAGGAUGAGAAAUGCGUUGUACUCCGAAUUGUCCCAUUAUCUCAACUGUUACAGAGAAGAUUGAAUGACUGCUAGUUUUUUAGCUAGCUUUCCCCUUUUCUCUCCUACAUUAAAUAGUAACAGUUAAUGUAUUAGCUAAUCCCCAUGUAGUGUUGUAGCUGAAGGUAUGUUGAUUACAUGUUUGUAAAAUCUGUACUCAUCACCAUUCCAUUUUGCAGGUCUGUCUUUAUAUUUUGAAGAUGGUCAUGAUGAUUUGGAUGACUGUGAGUAUUCCCCCUCACCAAUAUGUUUCAAAUACCAUGUUGAAUUAUUGUGAAGUUCAUGUAGAAAGACUUACUGAGACAUACAAUGCAGGCUUUUACUGACACCUUCCACAGUGUGGUGAGGGAAGCCUGUAGUUUCUGGUUGAUCCACUUUGUCCACAUGAAAUGUAACGCCUUUACAUUUUAUCUACAGCGACUUACAGUAGCAUUUAUGGUUAAGUGCCUUGCUCAAAGGCACAUCGACAGAUUUGUUUUCUUCACAUAGUCAGCUCGGGGAUUCGAACCAGCGACCUUUCAGUUACUGGCCCAACGCUCUUAACCGCUAGACUACACCCUGACUUUGUGUUAGAUCCCUCCCUCUGGGUUCAGGCAAGCUGUUAUUAGCAAUAUCCAUCCAUCUAUCCAUCUUGUCUAUGGUGAUGAAACCACAUAGGCUACUCAUUUUGUAACUGAAACAGGCAGUGCAAUAGCUGUCACUUUUUCCAAAUUUUGUUAUGUUACAGCCUUAUUCUAAAAUUGAUUGAAUAGUUUCCCCCCCCCCCUCAUCACACAAUACCCCAUAAUGACAAAGAAAAAACAGUUUUUUAGAAAAUUGUUCAAAUUUAUUAAAAAUAAAAAACGGAAAUAUCACAUUUACAUAAGUAUUCAGACCCUUUACUCAGUACUUUGUUGAAGCACCUUUGGCAGCGAUUACAGCCUCGAGUCUUCUUGGGUAUGACGCUACAAGCUUGGCACACCUGUAUUUGGGGAGUUUCUCCCAUUCUUCUAAGGACCCUGGGACUAAACACCUCCCUCUGCAACUGGAUCCUGGACAUCCUGACGGGCCGCCCCCAGGUGGUGAGGGUAGGUAACAACACGUCUACCACGCUGAUCCUCAACACUGGGGCCCCUCGGGUGCGUGCUCAGUCCCCUCCUGUACUCCCUGUUCACCCACGACUGCGUGGCCAAACACGACUCCAAUACCAUCAUUAAGUUUGAUGACGACACAACAGUAGUAGGCCUGAUCACCCACAACGAUGAGACAGCCUAUAGGGAGGAGGUCAGAGACCUGGCAGUGUGGUGCCAGGACAAAAACCUCUCCCUCAACGUGAGCAAGACAAAGGAGCUGAUCGUGGACUACAGGAAAAGGCGGGCCGAACAGGCCCCCAUUGACAUCGACGGGGCUGUAGUGGAGCGGGUCGAGGGUUUCAAGUUCCUUGGUGUCCACAUCACCAAAAAACUAUCAUGGUCCAAAUUCACCAAGACAUUCGUGAAGAGGGCACGACAACACCUUUUCCCCCUCAGGAGACUGAAAAGAUUUGGCAUGGGUCCCCAGAUCUUCAAAAAGUUAUAGAGCUGCACCAUCGUGAGCAUCCUGACCGGUUGCAUCACCGCCUGGUGUGGCAACUGCUCGGCAUCUGACCGUAAGGCGCUACAGAGGGUAACGCGUACGGCCCAGUACAUCACUGGGGCCAAGCUUCCUGCCACCCAGGACCUAUAUACUAGGCAGUGUCAGAGGAAAGCCCAAAACAUUUGACCAAAAGGCUCCUUAACAGCUUCUACCCCCAAGCCAUAAGACUGCUGAACAAUUAAUCAACUGGCCACCCGGACUAUUUACAUUGGACCCCCCCAUUUGUUUUUACGCUGCUGCCACCCGCUGUCUAUUAUCUAUGCAUAGUCACUUUACCCUUACCUACAUAAACAUAUUACCUCGACUAACCUGUACCCCUGCACAUUGACUCUGUACUGGUACCCCCUGUAUAUUGCCUCGUUAUUGUUAUUUUAUUAUGUUACUUUUUAUUCUUUUUUACUUUAGUUUAUUUGGUAAAUAUUAUCUUAACUCUUUCUUGAACUGCAUUGUUGUUUAAUGGCUUGUAAUUAAGCAUUUCAUGGUAAGGUCUACACAGGUUGUAUUCGGCGCAUGUGACAAAUAAAGUUUGAUUUGAUUUGAGAUCCUCUCGAGCUCUGUCAGGUUGGAUGGGGAGUGUCGCUGUACAGCUAUUUUCAGGUCUCAGGAGAUGUUCGAACGGGUUCAAGUCCGGGCUCUGGCUGGGCCACUAAAGGACAUUCAGGUCCCGAAGCUACUCCUGCAUUGUAUUGGCUGUGUGCUUAGGGGUCAUUGUCCUGUUGGAAGGUGAACCUUCUCACCAGUCUGAGGUUGAGCGCUCUGGAAUAGGUUUUCAUCAAGGAUCUCUCUGUACUUUGCUCCGUUCAUCUUUCCCUCGAUCCUGACUAGUCUCCCAGUCCCUGCCGCUGAAAAACAUCCCCACAGCAUGAUGCUGCCACCACCAUGCUUCACCGUGAGGAUGGUGCCAGGUUUCCUCCAGACGUGACGCUUUGCAUUCAGGCCAAAGAGUUCAAUCUUGGUUUCAUUAGACCAGAGAAUCUUGUUUCUCAUGGUCUGAGAGUCCUUUAGGUGCCUUUUGGCAAACUCCAAGCGGGCUGUCAUGUGCCUUUUUACUGAGGAGUGUCUUCCAUCUGGCCACUAUACUAUAAAGGCCUGAUUGGUGGAGUGCUGCAGAGAUGGUUGUCCUUUUGGAAGGUUCUCCCAUCCCAAAAGAGGAACUCUGGAGCUCUGUCAGAGUGACCAUCGGGUUGUUGGUUACCUCCCUUACCAAGGCCCUUCUCCCCCUGAUUGCUCAGUUUGGCCGGGUGGCCAGCUCUAGGAAGAGUCUUGGUGGUUCCAAACUUCUUCCAUUUAAGAAUGAUGGAGGCCACUGUGUUCUUGGGGACCUUCAAUGCUGCAGAAAUGUUUUGGUACCCUUCCCCAGAUCUGUGCCUCGACACAAUCCUGUCUCAGAGCUCUACGCACAAUUCAUUUGACCUCAUGGCUUGGUUUUUGCUCUGAUAUGCACUGUGAAAUGUGGGACCUUAUAUAUGCAGGUGUGUGCCUUUCCAAAUCAUGUCCAAUCAAUUGAAUUUACCACAGGUGGACUCCAAUCAAGUUGUAGAAACAUCUCAAGGAUGAUCAAUGGAAACAGGAUUCACCUGAGCUCAAUUUCGAGUCUCAUAUCAAAGGGUCUGAAUACUAAUGUAAAUAAGGUUUUUCUGUUUUUAAAAAUAAAUACAUUUGCAAACAUUAUGGGGGUGUUGUGUGUAGAUGAAUGAGGAUAAAAAAAAUGUUUUAAUCAAUUUUAGAAUAAGGCUGUAACGUAACAAAUGUGGAAAAAGUCAAGGGGUCUGAAUACCUUCAGAAUGCACUGUAUAUUGAGGUUAAAUGUGGUGUCUUACUACUUGCGCCAGGAUCACCCCAAAGCGUACUGAUAUCAAUAUAAUAAUUCUAACACAGCCUAUUCUGAUAGCAGUGGUUCCUUGUCCAGAUGAAAGUGCUUACUCACCUAGUCUCCACACUCACUCACUUCAUCGUGAACAAACAUGUUUGUAAAGUUGUGAUUUUUCCCUCCCUUAUAGUUGGGUUUGAUGACUAUGGAUCGGAGUGCGACGGGAUUCGGAUCACAGCUUUUCUGGAUGCAGGGCAGGACAAUCUCACCCCCCUGGGGAGACUAGAGAAAUAUGCCUUCAGCGAAAAUGUCUUCAACAGGUAGGAACUAAAAUGAUGACGCACUUAGAUACACGCCACAGGGAAGCAAUAGCAAAAGUUUAGAUAUAAUGUGAUGUUCAUGAUGACUGGCAUUUGUUUUUGCAAUGUUGGACCACAAUACACAGUGUUGAUUGAAAAGUUCUGGUUCUCUGUGUUCCUGUGAGUUCACCCAAACCUGGGCUCAUGCCAUGGCAUGGCUGGAAUAUAACAAAUUAUGUCAGGCAUCAGUGAAUGGGCUGAGUGAAGGCUGGGCAUUCCAUACUGCCAGGUCUUUCACCCUGUGCUUCAAGACAUGAACUCACGAGGUGCCACGCUUGUUAUGACGUGCCUGGUUUGACCUAAGUGUUUAUGAUGUGGUUUCUUCUUGCUUUCUGCCAAAUCAAAGAUAAAAGCCUGCCUGAUGCCCUCUGGUUUUUAAAGGCCUUAGCGUGUGCUUUGGCAUAGCUUGUGCAAAUCACCUCUACAAACACCCCAUCAACACCCCUCCAUUGCCCCCAAUUGAACUAAACUCAUGGAAAGGAAGUUUUCAUGCUCUGCUUGUUGAGUUCAAGUCCUCAUUGGGGUGAUUUGUAAGUGCAUGUGUGUGAUGUUCUCGUCAGCUAUGGGCCGGCUGCGCUGUGUUGUGCUACUUGGGCUAGAUGCUGGCCCAGGCACUAACUUGGGGCUUGUGUUGCUUUCUAGGCAGAUCGUGGCACGCGGGUUGCUUGAUGUGCUUCGAGAGUUCAGUGACAAUGAGAAUGACUUUAUCAGUGUCAUGGAGACAGUUGCCCGAAUGUCUGAAGAUGGAGGUAGAUGUUUUAUUAAAUGUAUAUAAUUUGACAAUUCUGUCAUGUGUUUGUGAGGUUGGGAUCAAUUCCAUUCUAAUUGCUGUCACUUGAAUUGUACAUGGAAGGUUGGCGAUCCAUCGGAGUGCAAUUUAAUCCCUGAAUUGACUGACUUUUACGUGCAAUUGACCCCAAACCCCAAAUGAAAAUGUAUUGUAUUGUUAGAACCUUUUUGUAUGCGUGUUUGUGACCAUCUCCCUCUGUGUGUGUCUGUGUCAUCGUUGUGCGUGUCCUCAGAGCCCACCGUGCGCGCCGAGCUGAUGGAGCAGGUGCCCAACAUCGCCAUGUUCCUACACGAGAGCCAGCCCAACUUCCCAGCAGCCUUCUCCAGAUACCUGGUGCCCAUCGUGGUGCGCUAUCUCACAGACCCCAAUAACCAGGUAGGAACAUAUAGGACUCCCAAUGGACCACAACAAAACCGUGACAUUAUCUUAAUCAACUGUGACUACUGACACCCUUUGGCUGUCAUUUGUGCAUAUGAAUUGUAAAUGGUGAUUUAUUAUUGGAAAUUCAACAAGCUCGUAAUACAUUAAACAAAUUCCAGGAAAAAAGGCUACCAUAGUGAACUGAACAGAAUAUGUGCGGCGCACAAUAAUCAGUGUGUAUUUCCAGGCUAAGUAAAGUAUUUCCAGGCUAAGUGAAGUAUUUCCAGGCUAAGUAAAGUAUUUCCAGGCUAAGUGAAGUAUUUCCAGGCUAAGUGAAGUAUUUCCAGGCUAAGUAAAGUAUUUCCAGGCUAAGUGAAGUAUUUCCAGGCUAAGUGAAGUAUUUCCAGGCUAAGUAAAGUAUUUCCAGGCUAAGUAAAGUAUUUCCAGGCUAAGUGAAGUAUUUCCAGGCUAAGUAAAGUAUUUCCAGGCUAAGUAAAGUAUUUCCAGGCUAAGUAAAGUAUUUCCAGGCUAAGUAAAGUAUUUCCAGGCUAAGUGAAGUAUUUCCAGGCUAAGUGAAGUAUUUCCAGGCUAAGUGAAGUAUUUCCAGGCUAAGUAAACACUAUAUUGUGAGGUAAAGCGGUCAGUACUGACAGAGAUGGUAUUUUUUCCCCAGGUGAGGAAGACCAGUCAGGCGGCCCUGCUGGUGCUAUUAGAGCAGGGUCUCAUCUGCAAGGGUGACAUGGAGACCAAAGUGUGUCCUGUUCUACUGGACCUCACCGAGCCCAGCAGCGACGACGACUACAAGAUAGAGGCCGUCGCAGUAAGAUUACUUUGGCUUUGGGUUUAUUGAUGAUUCAAGCUCACAUUUUUUAUUCAGAUCACAGAAACUGAAGAAAUGCAGAACAUGUCAAACGCACUCAAACAUUUUUCAGAAAAACUUAUCUUGCCCGUAUCUGUUGAUCUUUGUUUUAUGUUCUGUAUACAGUGGGGGAAAAAAGUAUUUAGUCAGCCACCAAUUGUGCAAGUUCUCCCACUUAAAAAGAUGAGAGAGGCCUGUAAUUUUCAUCUUAGGUACACGUCAACUAUGACAGACAAAAUUAGAAAAAAAAAUCCAGAAAAUCACAUUGUAGGAUUUUUAAUGAAUUUAUUAGCAAAUUAUGGUGGAAAAUAAGUAUUUGGUCACCUACAAACAAGCAAGAUUUCUGGCUCUCACAGACCUGUAACUUCUUCUUUAAGAGGCUCCUCUGUCCUCCGCUCGUUACCUGUAUUAAUGGCACCUGUUUGAACUUGUUAUCAGUAUAAAAGACACCUGUCCACAACCUCAAACAGUCACACUCCAAACUCCACUAUGGCCAAGACCAAAGAGCUGUCAAAGGACACCAGAAACAAAAUUGUAGACCUGCACCAGGCUGGGAAGACUGAAUCUGCAAUAGGUAAGCAGCUUGGUUUGAAUAAAUCAACUGUGGGAGCAAUUAUUAGGAAAUGGAAGACAUACAAGACCACUGAUAAUCUCCCUCGAUCUGGGGCUCCACGCAAGAUCUCACCCGUGGGGUCAAAAUGAUCACAAGAAUGUUGAGCAAAAAUGAAGAAUGAAUGGGGCCAUGUAUCGUGAGAUUUUGAGUGAAAACCUCCUUCCAUCAGCAAGGGCAUUGAAGAUGAAACGUGGCUGGGUCUUUCAGCAUGACAAUGAUCCCAAACACACCGCCCGGGCAACGAAGGAGUGGCUUCGUAAGAAGCAUUUCAAGGUCCUGGAGUGGCCGAGCCAGUCUCCAGAUCUCAACCCCAUAGAAAAUCUUUGGAGGGAGUUGAAAGUCCGUGUUGCCCAGCGACAGCCCCAAAACAUCACUGCUCUAGAGGAGAUCUGCUUGGAGGAAUGGGCCAAAAUACCAGCAACAGUGUGUGAAAACCUUGUGAAGACUUACAGAAAACGUUUGACCUGUGUCAUUGCCAACAAAGGGUAUGUAACAAAGUAUUGAGAAACUUUUGUUAUUGACCAAAUACUUAUUUUCCACCAUAAUUUGCAAAUAAAUUCAUAAAAAAUCCUACAAUGUGAUUUUCUGGAUUUUUUUUUCUCAUUUUGUCUGUCAUAGUUGACGUGUACCUAUGAUGAAAAUUACAGGCCUCUCUCAUCUUUUUAAGUGGGAGAACUUGCACAAUUGGUGGCUGACUAAAUACUUUUUUUCCCCACUGUAUGUCUUUAUGUUCUAUAUAGGUCCUGUAUGUCAUAUGGAACAUACAGACAUAUACAGUAUAGAACAUAAAGGAAAUACAGGACGUAGACACAAAGAUGCAAGAGUAGUGGUUCUGAGGUAUUAUACCAAAAAACACGUCAGACAAAGAUGAUAUCGGCUAUGACUGAUCCCUGGGUGGGAAGAAUUAAGAUGGUUGUUAGUGGACCCUAGCCACAAUAUUUAAGUCAAUAUCAGAUGCAGCUUCAGAGGAAUUGUCAGUAGCUAGACAAGUCCGCAUUAAUCCAUGCUCACUACCAGUAUUGUGCUAUAUAAACGGGGUUUAUUUUCGUAACCUUGACGAUGCUUUCUCUAAUACGGUUAGCUGUGGAACGGUAAGGCUGUGUGGAACGGUAAGGCUGUGUGGAACGGUAAGCCUGUGUGGAACGGUAAGGCUGUGUGGAACGGUAAGGCUGUGUGGAACGGUAAGCCUGUGUGGAACGGUAAGGCUGUGUGGAACGGUAAGGCUGUGUGGAACGGUAAGGCUGUGUGGAACGGUAAGGCUGUGUGGAACGGUAAGCCUGUGUGGAACGGUAAGCCUGUGUGGAACGGUAAGCCUGUGUGGAACGGUAAGGCUGUGUGGAACGGUAAGGCUGUGUGGAACGGUAAGGCUGUGUGGAACGGUAAGGCUGUGUGGAACGGUAAGGCUGUGUGGAACGGUAAGGCCUGUGUGGAACGGUAAGGCUGUGUGGAACGGUAAGGCUGUGUGGAACGGUAAGGCUGUGUGGAACGGUAAGCCUGUGUGGAACGGUAAGCCUGUGUGGAACGGUAAGGCUGUGUGGAACGGUAAGGCUGUGUGGAACGGUAAGGCUGUGUGGAACGGUAAGGCUGUGUGGAACGGUAAGGCUGUGUGGAACGGUAAGGCUGUGUGGAACGGUAAGCCUGUGUGGAACGGUAAGGCUGUGUGGAACGGUAAGGCUGUGUGGAACGGUAAGGCUGUGUGGAACGGUAAGGCUGUGUGGAACGGUAAGGCUGUGUGGAACGGUAAGGCUGUGUGGAACGGUAAGGCUGUGUGGAACGGUAAGGCUGUGUGGAACGGUAAGGCUGUGUGGAACGGUAAGGCUGUGUGGAACGGUAAGGCUGUGUGGAACGGUAAGCCUGUGUGGAACGGUAAGCCUGUGUGGAACGGUAAGCCUGUGUGGAACGGUAAGCCUGUGUGGAACGGUAAGGCUGUGUGGAACGGUAAGCCUGUGUGGAACGGUAAGGCUGUGUGGAACGGUAAGGCUGUGGGGUAAGGCUGUGUGGAACGGUAAGGCUGUGUGGAACGGUAAGCCUGUGUGGAACGGUAAGGCUGUGUGGAACGGUAAGGCUGUGUGGAACGGUAAGGCUGUGUGGAACGGUAAGCCUGUGUGGAACGGUAAGGCUGUGUGGAACGGUAAGGCUGUGUGGAACGGUAAGGCUGUGUGGAACGGUAAGGCUGUGUGGAACGGUAAGGCUGUGUGGAACGGUAAGGCUGUGUGGAACGGUAAGCCUGUGUGGAAUGCCCAGCUGAAUCCUCCACAAAGUCCAAUAAGUGCUGUUUGAGAACCAAUCACUGUGCUUGGAUCCACGUGGAGGUGUAGGGUGCACCUAGACGCUGAUCUUGGGUCAGUUUAGUAUUUUGCCCCAGCAAAUAAUUUACAGAUUGGGGGGGAGGGGAAGCUUAUCCCAGAUCUGUACCCUGGAGCCCCUGUGGAUUCCAUUAGAGUAGCAUUGAUUGCGAUGCCCUCUCCUCUCUCCCUGCUCUGUAGAUCAUGUGUAAGCUGGUAACCAUGCUGAGCAAAGACACAGUGGAGCAGCUGCUGCAGCGCUUCUGUGAGCUGUGCAGCGACGCCAGGCUAUUCCAAGUCCGCAAGGUAAACACACACACUUCUCCGGAUCCAACUAGAGCACAGUUUUGACAAUAAACAUUACACACUGUUUAUGGUAGUCGCUCAAGGAGUGUGUUUUCACGUCUUGAAUCUUCCAAAAUGUUCACAAACUGAAUGAAUGCAGUUGCUGAAGGAGUGUGUUUUGUGAUUCAGUAUGAAGGCGUAAACUGUCGUUGUUUUCUGUUUGGAAUUGUAAUCCCCUCUGGAACCUGGUAACCAGUUGGGGAAGGGGUAUUUAUUUGAACCCCUGGAGAUAUUCCGGAGCUUGUAAUGACUGUAAUGCGCCUUGGUGUGUCCCAAUGUUGCCCCUUAAUACUGUUGGUUCUGAAUAAUACGUCUGUAAGGCUGACAUAGAUAAACAGUAUGUUUUUUUUCCAGCCGUACCAGUGAGCAAAAGCUGCAUGAACAAACUAUUUUUAACAACAGGUUUUUGACACUGUUUUCCUUCAGGUGUGUGCAGCCAAUUUCGGAGAGUUCUGUUCCAUUGUGGGCCGGGAUGCCACAGAGAAACUACUGGUGAGAAUGUGGCAUUAUUUCAUAUAUAUAUAUAUAUAUAUAUAUAUAUAUAUAUAUAUAUAUAUAUAUAUAUACAGUACCAGUCAAAAGUUUGGACACACCUACUCAUUCCAGGGUUUUUCUUUAUUUUUUACUAUUUUCUACAUUGUAGAAUAAUAGUGAAGAAACCAAAACUAUGAAAUAACACAUGCAAUCAUGUAGUAACCAAAAAAGUGUUUUUUUAUAUUUGAGAUUCUUCAAAGUAGCCACGCUUUGCCUUGAUGACAGCUUUGCACACUCUUGGCAUUCUCUCAACCAGCUUCAUGAGGUAGUCACCUGGAAUGGAUUUAAAUUAACAGGUGUGCCUUGUUAAAAGUUAAUUUGUGGAAUUUCUUUCCUUCUUAAUGCGUUUGAGCCAAUCAGUUGUGUUGUGACAAGGUAGGGGUGGUAUACAGAAGAUAGCCCUAUUUGGUAAAAGACCAAGUCCAUAUUAUGGCAAGAAAAGCUCAAAUGACAGUCCAUCAUUACUUACUUACUUACAUCAUUACUAAGACAUGAAGGUCAGUCAAUACGGAACAUUUCAAGAACUUUUAAAGUUUCUUCAAGUGCAGUCACAAAAACCAUCAAGCGCAACUGGCUCUCAUGAGGAUUGCCACAGGCAAGGAAGACCCAGAGUUACCUCUGCUGCGGAGGAUAAGUUCAGUAGAGUUACCAGCCUCAGAAAUUGCAGCCCAUCUGGUUUGCGCUUAGUGGGACUAUAAUUUGUUUUUCAACAGGACAAUGACCCAAAACACACCUCCAGGCUGUGUAAGGGCUAUUUGACCAAUAAGGAGAGUGAUGGUGCUGCAUCACGUGACCUGUUUUCCACAAUCACCAGACCUCAACCCAAUUGAGAUGGUUUGGGAUGAGUCGGACCGCAGAGUGAAGGAAAAGCAGCCAACAAGUGCUCAGCAUAUGUGGGAACUCCUUCAAGACUGUUGGAAAAGCAUUCAUCAUGAAGCUGGUUGAGAGAAUACCAAGAGUGUGCAAAGCUGUCAUCAAGGCAAAGGGUGGCUACUUUGAAGAAUAUCAAAUAUAACAUAUAUUUUGAUUUGUUAAACACUUUUUUGGUUACUACAUGAUUCCAUGUGUUAUUUCAUAGUUUUGAUGUCUUCAUUAAUAUUCUACAAUGUAGAAAAUAGUAAAAAUAAAGAAAACCCUUGAAUGAGUAGGUGUGUCCAAACUUUUGACUGGUACUGUAUAUCUCACUAGGUCAGGAUAUUUAAGCCUCCAUAUAUCCACUAGUUCUAAUAUAUCCAUGAUAUUCGUGAUUUCCUUAAGUGCAACCUACCUGAAUUUGUCUCAUAAGAAAUGAUUGUUUUCAUUGGAAAAUGUUUUGCUACAGUUUGCUACGAUCUCCAGUAAUGAAUACAUGGUAAUGAUUGUCUUCUGUCACUGCCCAGAUGUCCAAGUUCUUUGACCUAUGCUCUGAUAGCCUUUGGGGCAUCCGAAAGGCGUGCGCCGACUGCUUCAUGAUCGUCUCCAACUCUACCUCCCCCGAGGUGCGACGCACUAAACUGUCCCCCCUCUUCAGUAGCCUCAUCAGUGACCAGUCUCGCUGGGUAAGAGCCAGCGCCAGACGCGUGCGCACACACACACACACACACACACACACACACGUAUAAACACCAUUCUAUUCUGGUGAUGUUUGUGUGAGACACGUUUUCCGUGUGAAUGACCAUGAAUUACAAUAACAGUGAUCAUAGACUGACGGUGAACAUCAUAGAGAUAUAUUAUUGUGUGUGUGUGUGUUCCUACAUUGUUGUAUUUAAUGAUGUGGUCAACAUGCUCUGUUGACCCUCCAGGUGCGACCAGGCUGCCUUCCAGUCUCUGGGACGCUUCAUCUCCACCUUUGCCAACCCCUCCAGCACGGGCCUCUACUUCAAAGAGGACGGCACGCUGCUGGAGGUCCCCAGGUGUCCCUCUGACAGGUUAGAACACAAACCGGCACGCAAAACACACACACAUUGUCACCGCUCCACUCUGGGUCCAAAAACACUAUUCGAAGUGUACCAUACUAGUAACAUGGACCAAUAGCCGUUCUUGUUUUCACUUUUGAAUUUAGAGUUUUGUGUGUUGUGAUUUUUUUAACACGCUGGGCCUCGACGGACCCCCCUUCCAGCCAAUGAGCAGUCACUCUGACUGCGACGUUCUGACAGUGGAAUGAAUCCAUUUCAUACAGUAUAUGCUAUCGCAAAAAUAAACAUUUGGUUGUCUUUAUGAAGGCCUUGGGUAACAUUAGAAUACAUUUUGUAUUUUUAUUUCAAGUAACACAAUAGCAUUUUCAUUAUAUGUAAAAACAAAAAAAUACAAAUUCAAGUGUUCAAUAAAUGUUUUUCAUGGAAUGCCUUUGUUACAACUAUGAAACAGAAAGCAUACUUGGAACACGGUAACAGCUUCUUUUUAUAACGAUUUUCUUUAUUUUUUAAAUACCCCAACCACCAAGACUCGGUCAAAUGAUGAAAACAUCAGUAGCCUAAACAUCAUUAUAAGCGCCAAGUGGCCUUGAUAAAUAGUGAAUCUCGGCAGAAAAGCAAUAACAGCAUUAUAAUGAAUGUAGGUGUCGAUAUGACAGCAGUCAAAAAUAGUCAGUUAUUGUCAGCUUGUGUGCGUGUUCAUGCGAUGGCAUCAGUUGGAUUUCAUUUAGCUGUUGUCCCUUGUUCUAAUAGUUGACACCAUUUUCAUAACUUUCACUUGCUUGAGACACUUUGACAUAACUUUGUUUGGCUGUAGUGUGUAAUAGUCUCCAGUGUAGUGUGUAAUAGUCUCCAGUGUAGUGUGUAAUAGUCUCCAGUGUAGUGUGUAAUAGUCUCCAGUGUAAUAGUCUCCAGUGUAGUGUGUAAUAGUCUCCAGUUUAGUGUGUAAUAGUCUCCAGUUUAGUGUGUAAUAGUCUCCAGUGUAGUGUGUAAUAGUCUCCAGUGUAAUAGUCUCCAGUGUAGUGUGUAAUAGUCUCCAGUGUAGUGUGCAAUAGUCUCCAGUGUAGUGUGCAAUAGUCUCCAGUGUAGUGUGUAAUAGUCUCCAGUGUAGUGUGUAAUAGUCUCCAGUGUAAUAGUCUCCAGUGUAGUGUGUAAUAGUCUCCAGUGUAGUGUGUAAUAGUCUCCAGUGUAGUGUGUAAUAGUCUCCAGUGUAGUGUAAUAGUCUCCAGUGUAGUGUAAUAGUCUCCAGUUCAGUGUGUAAUAGUCUCCAGUGUAGUGUGUAAUAGUCUCCAGUGCAGUGUGUAAUAGUCUCCAGUUUAGUGUGUAAUAGUCUCCAGUGUAGUGUGUAAUAGUCUCCAGUGUGGUGUGUAAUAGUCUCCAGUGUAGUGUGUAAUAGUCUCCAGUGUAGUGUGUAAUAGUCUCCAGUGUAGUGUGUAAUAGUCUCCAGUUCAGUGUGUAAUAGUCUCCAGUGUAGUGUGUAAUAGUCUCCAGUGCAGUGUGUAAUAGUCUCCAGUGUAGUGUGUAAUAGUCUCCAGUGUAGUGUGUAAUAGUCUCCAGUGUAGUGUGUAAUAGUCUCCAGUGUAGUGUGUAAUAGUCUCCAGUGUAGUGUGUAAUAGUCUCCAGUGUAGUGUGUAAUAGUCUCCAGUGUAGUGUGCAAUAGUCUCCAGUGUAGUGUGCAAUAGUCUCCAGUGUAUUGUGUAAUAGUCUCCAGUGUAGUGUGCAAUAGUCUCCAGUGUAGUGUGUAAUAGUCUCCAGUGUAGUGUGUAAUAGUCUCCAGUGUAGUGUGUAAUAGUCUCCAGUGUAGUGUGCAAUAGUCUCCAGUGUAGUGUGUAAUAGUCUCCAGUGUAGUAUGUAAUAGUCUCCAGUGUAGUGUGUAAUAGUCUCCAGUGUAGUGUGUAAUAGUAUCCAGUGUAGUGUGUAAUAGUCUCCAGUGUAGUGUGUAAUAGUCUCCAGUGUAGUGUGUGAUAGUCUCCAGUGUAGUGUGUGAUAGUCUCCAGUGUAGUGUGUAAUAGUCUCCAGUGUAGUGUGUAAUAGUCUCCAGUGUAGUGUGUGAUAGUCUCCAGUGUAGUGUGUGAUAGUCUCCAGUGUAGUGUGCAAUAGUCUCCAGUGUAGUGUGUAAUAGUCUCCAGUGUAGUGUGCAAUAGUCUCCAGUCUAGUGUGUAAUAGUCUCCAGUGUAGUGUGUAAUAGUCUCCAGUGUAGUGUGCAAUAGUCUCCAGUGUAGUGUGUAAUAGUCUCCAGUGUAGUGUGUAAUAGUCUCCAGUGUAGUGUGUAAUAGUCUCCAGUGUAGUGUGUAAUAGUCUCCAGUGCAGUGUGUAAUAGUCUCCAGUUCUCUUUAUUGUGUUCCGGUCAUCUUGUCAUUCUUCAUCACCGUUGUGGAGUUCAAUGGCUGUGCAGGUGCCUUAUUUUGUGCAGAGGGAGGGAGCUCCUGUCUCACUUUGUUCAUGGUGCCGGCAUUACUUGUUUUCUUUGCAAGCAAUACAAUAGAAUGGCCCGCGCUGUUCUUCAUUCACAAUUGAUGAUUACAUAAUUAUGCAUCGUUCGCUUCCCCUCGUUCAUCAACUCACCAAUUCUCCCCCCUUUUCCCCAUCAUACUUUACUUAAUUUAUUUCAUCUGUUGUUAUAUUUGUGAAAUUAGUGUCGGUAUAUUUUCGGUUCAGUUUUGAGGCAAUUAUCGGGGUGAUUAUCAGCUGGGCACUUUCAACUGUUGGGAGAAGGAGUGGAGCAGGCCCUACUGUUGGGAGAAGGAGUGGAGCAGGCCCUACUGUUGGGAGAAGGAGUGGAGCAGGGAGGGAAAACCAUUCAAAUAAUGACAUGCCCUCCUAAAACUCCAGUUCUGUUUGUGAUAUUAAGAUUCUAACACCGACAGUGUGUUACAGUGAGGGAAAAAAGUAUUUGAUCCCCUGCUGAUUUUGUACGUUUGCCCUCUGACAAAGAAAUGAUCAGUCUAUAAUUUUAAUGGUAGGUUUAUUUGAACAGUGAGAGACAGAAUAACAACAAAAAAAUCCAGAAAAACUAAUGUCAAAAAUGUUAUAAAUUGAUUUGCAUUUUAAUGAGGGAAAUAAGUAUUUGACCCCUCUGCAAAACAUGACUUAGUACUUGGUGGCAAAACCCUUGUUGGCAAUCACAGAGGUCAGACGUUUCUUGUAGUUGGUCACCAGGUUUGCACACAUCUCAGGAGGGAUUUUGUUCCACUCCUCUUUGCAGAUCUUCUCCAAGUCAUUAAGGUUUCGAGGCUGACGUUUGGCAACUCGAACCUUCAGCUCCCUCCACAGAUUUUCUAUGGGAUUAAGGUCUGGAGACUGGCUAGGCCACUCCAGGACCUUAAUGUGCUUCUUCUUGAGCCACUCCUUUGUUGCCUUGGCCAUGUGUUUUGGGUCAUUGUCAUGCUGGAAUACUGUUAUGUGAAUUAUUUAACAAACUAUUUUAGUGUCUCUGUGCGUCUCCCAAAAGGUUGUAAGUCUUUUGGGAUUUAAGUAACGGCCAGAGUCCCGGUCUGCAUAGUCAGAGAUAUUUAUUCAUUGAGAAUUCUGCCAUCACAAUUUCAUCUUUUAUACUCCAUCUUUUAUACUCAUACGUCAUACAAAAAUAAAUCCCUCCCCUCUGUAGGCGGGCUGUAGUUUUCCACUCUAAAACUGCUCUACUGACCUUCAGUUCACACACACACACAUAUACACACAUGCAUACACACAUACAUACACACACACACACACACACAUAUCCUACUCCCUGCAUUACUCAGUUAUUGCCGUUCUCACAAUAUUCUGCACCAUGUUUUCAUAACAGUUUCUCCCCUCCCUAAAUUGGGAGGCCUCUUUAUCUUAGUUUCUCAGUUGUCUUUGUUGUCUGGCCUAACUCUUACUCACAUUGCUAAAUAGUGGCUCAAUGCCAUAGCCUUUACUGGUCCUACACUCACACAUUUCUAACACAUUAUACACAGUUUCAGGGUGUAAUAAUUAGUCAUUAAUAAUUAAUCUAUCAAAUACCCAUCCACGACCCAUUUUCAAUGCCCUGGCUGAGGGAAGAAGGUUCUCACCCAAGAUUUGACGGUACAUGGCCCCGUCCAUCGUCCCUUUGAUGCGGUGAAGUUGUCCUGUCCCCUUAGCAGGAAAAACACCCCCAAAGCAUAAUGUUUCCACCUCCAUGUUUGACGGUGGGGAUGGUGUUCAUAGGCAGCAUUCCUCCUCCUCCAAACACGGCGAGUUGAGUUGAUGCCAAAGAGCUCGAUUUUGGUCUCAUCUGACCACAACACUUUCACCCAGUUCUCCUCUGAAUCAUUCAGAUGUUCAUUGGCAAACUUCAGACGGGCAUGUAUAUGUGCUGUCUUGAGCAGGGGGACCUUGCGGGCGCUGCAGGAUUUCAGUCCUUCACGGCGUAGUGUGUUACCAAUUGUUUUCUUGGUGACUAUGGUCCCAGCUCCCUUGAGAUCAUUGAGAAGAUCCUCCCGUGUAGUUCUGGGCUGAUUCCUCACCGUUCUCAUGAUCAUUGCAACUCCACGAGGUGAGAUCUUGCAUGGAGCCCCAGGCCGAGGGAGAUUGACAGUUCUUUUGUGUUUCUUCCAUUUGCGAAUAAUUGCACCAACUGUUGUCACCUUCUCACCAAGCUGCUUGGCGAUGGUCUUGUAGCCCAUUCCAGCCUUGUGUAGGUCUACAAUCUUGUCCCUGACAUCCUUGGAGAGCUCUUUGGUCUUGGCCAUGGUGGAGAGUUUGGAAUCUGAUUGAUUGAUUGCUUCUGUGGACAGGUGUCUUUUAUACACGUAACAAACUGAGAUUAGGAGCACUCCCUUUAAGAGUGUGCUCCUAAUCUCAGCUCGUUACCUGUAUAAAAGACACCUGGGAGCCAGAAAUCUUUCUGAUUGAGAGGGGGUCAAAUACUUAUUUCCCUCAUUAAAAUGCAAAUCAAUUUAUAACAUUUUUGACAUGCGUUUUUCUGGAUUUUGUUGUUGUUAGUCUGUCUCUCACUGUUCAAAUAAACCUACCAUUAAAAUGAUAGACUGAUAAUUUCUUUGUCAGUGGGCAAACGUACAAAAUCAGCAGGGGAUCAAAUAUUUUUUUCCCUCACUGUAUAUAGACAUAUUUAGUAAAAAUGAAGGACAGAGGGGCUCAUGACUUAAAAAAAUUACAGAGUAAUAAAUAAAUAUUAAUUCACAAGCAGUCAAAAUGACUGAUUUAGCGGUUCUAGUGAUAAAUGCGUUUGAAUUAAAGUUGUGUUCAGAUUUUUUUUAAAUGCGUUUGAAAUAGUGUUGAUAUACUUUAAGCGGGACACAAGGGGGCUCUCUGAUAUUUGUUGGCUCUCUGUUGCAGCAAUUCCCCCCUCUGUAUCGAGUCCUCCAUGCGCUGCUCCUCCAACGGCCACAGAGUGAGACCCUCGAACACACCCAUUAACCAAGAUGGCCGCUCCACCCCAUCCCUAGAAUCCAUGUCCAGGGGUGACAGUGGCAGCGACUCCACACACACUCCUCCCCGAAACCGACACGAAGGCCAGGUGCACAACAACAACCCUCCUCCCACAAACAACAAAAACAAGGAGACGGCACAAACAGACCAGAACUUUAACUCUUUCCACUACUGGAGGCCUCCGUUAGCGGAUAUCAGCCAGGAAUUGGAGAUGCUGAAGUGCCAGGGUCCUCGGACUCAGACAGAGGGAGAAAAGGAGGAGGUGGUGGGGCUAGAGGACGGGGAGAUGACCAGUCUGCAGCCAGCAACCAGCUCUCAAAUCCAGAAGGUGUUGGACUGCCUCCAGCCCCACAUGGACGACCCUGAUGUACAAGGUGAGGAUUGUCAAAGGUUGUUAAUUAAGUUAUAAUAAAUCAAUAAAAUUGGUUCAAUCAUUUAGGACAAAUUGUGUUUUAUGGUGACACAAUGGGCUGGAUAUCAUCCAACCUUCACAACAUUAUUUAACACUCACUGAAUUUAAUAGUCUGGACAUUUGGGAGUUUGAACAUGACCUGUGUAUUCAUGACCGUGUGUGUUUUUUAUGUGUGUCUUUCCACAUGCGUCUCCCAGCCCAAGUACAGGUGCUCUCGGCUGCCCUAAAGGCUGCCCAGCUGGAGAGCCAGUCUGAGGAGGAGGAGAUGAAGGGUCAGUCAGAGAGCCAGUCUGAGGAGGAGGAGGUGAAGGGUCAGUCAGAGAGCCAGUCUGAGGAGGAGGAGGAGGUGGAGGGUCAGUCAGAGAGCCAGUCACCAGAAGAUGGGGACAAGGAGUCCUCCCAGAACAGAUUGACCACAGAGGAGACACAGACACCUGAGCCACCAACCAAGCAGGCCAGGGACCCAGAACCUACAGAGGAACAGAAAGAGAACAAGGCAGAAGAGGAGACUGAGAAGGAGUUGGAGGAGGAGGCAGAGCCUCAGGAGUCACCCCCCGACUCGCCUUUCCUAGUACGGGAUGACCCGGACCACAGCAGUAUGGUAAGUCAAAAUUACUUUGAUGAAUUGCUUUUUGACAAUUAGAGGCUAUAUGGAACUUUGACACCAUUAAAGAGACUAUAUGGAACUCUGACACAUUAAAGAGACUAUAUGGAACUUUGACACCAUUAAAGAGACUAUAUGGAACUUUGACACCAUUAAAGAGACUAUAUGGAACUUUGACACUGUUAAAGAGGCUAUAUGGAACUUUGACACCAUUAAAGAGACUAUAUGGAACUUUGACACCAUUAAAGAGACUAUAUGGAACUUUGACACUGUUAAAGAGGCUAUAUGGAACUUUGACACUGUUAAAGAGGCUAUAUGGAACUUUGACACCAUUAAAGAGACUAUAUGGAACUUUGACACCAUUAAAGAGACUAUAUGGAACUUUGACACCGUUAAAGAGACUAUAUGGAACUUUGACACCGUUAAAGAGACUAUAUGGAACUUUGACACUGUUAAAGAGGCUAUAUGGAACUUUGACACCAUUAAAGAGACUAUAUGGAACUUUGACACCAUUAAAGAGACUAUAUGGAACUUUGACACCAUUAAAGAGACUAUAUGGAACUUUGACACUGUUAAAGAGGCAAUAUGGAACUUUGACACUGUUAAAGAGGCUAUAUGGAACUUUGACACCAUUAAAGAGACUAUAUGGAACUUUGACACCAUUAAAGAGACUAUAUGGAACUUUGACACCGUUAAAGAGACUAUAUGGAACUUUGACACCGUUAAAGAGACUAUAUGGAACUUUGACACUGUUAAAGAGGCUAUAUGGAACUUUGACACCAUUAAAGAGACUAUAUGGAACCUUGACACCGUUAAAGAGGCUAUAUGGAACUUUGACACCAUUAAAGAGACUAUAUGGAACUUUGACACCGUUAAAGAGACUAUAUGGAACUUUGACACCGUUAAAGAGACUAUAUGGAACUUUGACACUGUUAAAGAGGCUAUAUGGAACUUUGACACUGUUAAAGAGGCUAUAUGGAACUUUGACACCGUUAAAGAGGCUAUAUGGAACUUUGACACUGUUAAAUAGGCUAUAUGGAACUUUGACACCAUUAAAGAGACUAUAUGGAACUUUGACACUGUUAAAGAGGCUAUAUGGAACUUUGACACCAUUAAAGAGACUAUAUGGAACUUUGACACCAUUAAAGAGACUAUAUGGAACUUUGACACCGUUAAAGAGGCUAUAUGGAACUUUGACACCAUUAAAGAGACUAUAUGGAACUUUGACACUGUUAAAGAGGCUAUAUGGAACUUUGACACCAUUAAAGAGACUAUAUGGAACUUUGACACUGUUAAAGAGACUAUAUGGAACUUUGACACCAUUAAAGAGACUAUAUGGAACUUUGACACUGUUAAAGAGGCUAUAUAAGUCGCUCUGGAUAAGAGCGUCUGCUAAAUGACGUAAAUGUAUAUGGAACUUUGACAAUGUUAAAGAGGCUAUAUGGAACUUUGACACCGUUAAAGACACUAUAUGGAACCUUUGCCUCUGGGGGUGCUCUUGAGCCAAAAGGGUUCCCUUAAAUGAAGAGAAAUAUGGUCCAGAAGUUACCUCAUUACACCGAAAGGGCAUAACUCCCCAUACCCAUAAGUAAAACUCAUAUGUUGUUUGCCUAAAACUAAGGAUUUGUGUGAGAUAAAAAUGUAAUAUUAAAUGAUUUAUGUACAUGAACCAUACAGCCAACAUUUGUAAAAAGUUAAGCAACUAAACUUUUAUAGUAUAUAUUUUACUCCAGUAAAGCCUGUCUCUGUUCCCUUUUGUCCUCUUUGUUGUCUAGCUAGCUUACUUCUCUCUAUAUGGGUGUAUCUGAGCUACUUCCCUACAUGUCUGUCUGUGCUAGCGGACUGGUAUGUUUGUCUGUGCUAUCUGACUGAUAGGUUUGUCUGUGCUAGCGGACUAGUAUGUUUGUCUGUGCUAGCUGACUGGUAUGUUUGUCUGUGCUAGCUGACUGAUAGGUUUGUCUGUGCUAGCGGACUGGUAUGUUUGUCUGUGCUAGCUGACUGAUAGGUUUGUCUGUGCUAGCGGACUGGUAUGUUUGUCUGUGCUAGCUGACUGGUAUGUUUCUCUGUGCUAGCUGACUGGUAUGUUUGUCUGUGCUAGCUGACUGGUAUGUUUCUCUGUGCUAGCUGACUGGUAUGUUUCUCUGUGCUAGCUGACUGGUAUGUUUGUCUGUGCUAGCUGACUGGUAUGUUUGUCUGUGCUAGCUGACUGGUAUGUUUCUCUGUGCUAGCUGACUGGUAUGUUUGUCUGUGCUAGCUGACUGGUAUGUUUGUCUGUGCUAGCUGACUGGUAUGUUUGUCUGUGCUAGCUGACUGGUAUGUUUCUCUGUGCUAGCUGACUGGUAUGUUUGUCUGUGCUAGCGGACUGGUAUGUUUCUCUGUGCUAGCUGACUGGUAUGUUUGUCUGUGCUAGCUGACAGGUAUGUUUCUCUGUGCUAGCUGACUGGUAUGUUUGUCUGUGCUAGCUGACUGAUAGGUUUGUCUGUGCUAGCGGACUGGUAUGUUUGUCUGUGCUAGCUGACUGAUAGGUUUGUCUGUGCUAGCGGACUGGUAUGUUUGUCUGUGCUAGCUGACUGGUAUGUUUCUCUGUGCUAGCUGACUGGUAUGUUUGUCUGUGCUAGCUGACUGGUAUGUUUCUCUGUGCUAGCUGACUGGUAUGUUUCUCUGUGCUAGCUGACUGGUAUGUUUGUCUGUGCUAGCUGACUGGUAUGUUUGUCUGUGCUAGCUGACUGGUAUGUUUCUCUGUGCUAGCUGACUGGUAUGUUUGUCUGUGCUAGCUGACUGGUAUGUUUGUCUGUGCUAGCUGACUGGUAUGUUUCUCUGUGCUAGCUGACUGGUAUGUUUGUCUGUGCUAGCUGACUGGUAUGUUUCUGUGCUAGCUGACUGGUAUGUUUGUCUGUGCUAGCUGACUGGUAUGUUUUCUGUGCUAGCUGACUGGUAUGUUGUCUGUGCUAGCGGACUGGUAUGUUUGUCUGUGCUAGCGACUGGUAUGUUUCUCUGUGCUAGCUGACUGGUAUGUUUGUCUGUGCUAGCUGACUGGUAUGUUUGUCUGUGCUAGCUGACUGGUAUGUUUCUCUGUGCUAGCUGACUGGUAUGUUUCUCUGUGCUAGCUGACUGGUAUGUUUGUCUGUGCUAGCUGACUGGUAUGUUUGUCUGUGCUAGCUGACUGGUAUGUUUGUCUGUGCUAGCGGACUGGUAUGUUUGUCUGUGCUAGCUGACUGGUAUGUUUGUCUGUGCUAGCUGACUGAUAGGUUUGUCUGUGCUAGCUGACUGUAUGUUUAUCUGUGCUAGCUGGACUGGUAGGUUGUCUGUGCUAGCGGACUGAUAGGUUUGUCUGUGCUAGCUGACAGGUAUGUUUGUCUGUGCUAUCUGACUGAUAGGUUUGUCUGUGCUAGCUGACUGAUAUGUCUAAAUGUGUAUCUGCUCCCGUUGUUGGUCAGGAGUCGGAGCUGAUGGAGAGCGCGGAGGAGGAGGGGAAGGAGGACUCUGCUUUCAACCAGGUGUGUGAGGAGAAGUCCAAGGUCCAGGUCAGUUAGUCAGUUCUGUCAAACACUGAAUUUCUAAUAAACCUUGUUACUGUACACAUAGAGGGACAUUUAUGAUCCAGUCAAGUCUGGGGUACCUUUAAGCUGUUUUGUCUGAGAAUAGUAAAACGAUCCAAUGUCCAAUGAAUUGCGAUUGACAAGAUGUAGGGCUAGUGUUCCGGAACCAGAUUUAGCCUAGUCCUGGUCCAUUGAUGGUGCGUUUGAGUCCAGGAUGAGGCUUAAGCCUGGUACAGAUCUAACAGCCAACAUAAAGAGAGGCGACACAAAACGAGACAGAAUAGAAUUAGAAUGUUGUGUUGUAAAACAGCUGACUCGAGAUGGGCAUUCAAAUAAAAAAGGUUGAGCACAGUGCUGAUACGUUGUAACUAAGUUGCUAGCUACUUGUAGCAAGGUAUUUAGCAAACGAGUUUCAUGAAAUACAUGCAGCCACUGGCUGGCUCACCGGCUCACUUUGUGACUUGACAAAUAAAUAUUAGCAAGCCAGGCUAGCUAACUACAGCUAUCCCCUCAGAAAUGGAUAGCUGGCUGUAAGCUUGGCUGGCUAAACACGGAACGUCAGCGCACUGUUCUCUUAUUGGCUAACGGACACAUCUCGUCUUUAGCUAAGAUUUGACAUGUGGAAUUUUGGAAACUCCAGCAUCCAACACGAGACGUUCUAAAACUACACCAUUCAGAUCAAGAAAACUUAAAGCAGUCCCUUCUCGUCUCAGCUGUUGAAUGUGAAUCGGGCUUUAGUCCAUGUCUGGGAAACCAGCCCCCUUUGUCCUUUCUACUGAGUGCCGCUGCCAUGGCUAUGAUAGUAACAGGUUUGAACCAUUCCUCAUACUCUUGUCCCCCCCCCCCCCCUCUCCAGAAUGUGAUUCCCCAGCAGCUGCUGGAACAGUAUCUUUCCAUGACGGACCCGGCACAGGCCCAGACGGUGGACACGGAGAUCGCCAAGCACUGUGCGUUCAGCUUACCUGGCGUGGCCCUCACCCUUGGCCGACAGAACUGGCACUGCCUAAAGGACACGUACGAGACCCUCGCCACCGACGUACAGGUGGGUGCUUUUUGGCUUCACUCAAAAGGCUUUAUUUUGUGUUAUGCUGUUGGGGACCUGGGUCGUGUUCAUUAGUUACCAAAACGGGCUGAAACAGGGAGGGAAAAUGUUAUGCUUGUUCAAUAAGAAAUGCCCAUUUUCGUUUUCUGUUGCGUUCCCAAGAACACGACACCGGAAACUCAGGGUCUUCAAUGAUAAGUGCUUGGUUUGGAACGAAAAGUGAACAACACACCAUGUAUUGACAUACUCUCAUCACAGGAGAUUGAUACUCUGAUGCCCGUCAGAAAACAACCAUUACAUUUGUUUGCAAAUCCUAUGCACGUUGCUAUGCAAAUGGCCAGUCCAGUGACUGCUUGGUCAUGACGUAAUAUUGACGUGUUAGUUUGCAACCAAAAGCAAUACAGCUUGUCAUUUUCACUUAGAGGCUAUACGGAACUUCAGUUACCUCAAAUGUUUGCUUAUUUCUGGGCAAAUUGGAUGGGACAGAGGUCGAGAGAAGAGAGUGUGCUGAAAUAGCAGUGGCUAUACUCCCAUUUACCACCUCUGACCUGACAAAGGUCAUGUUGGCUAUGCUCCCCCUAAUGCUCCCUAACAUGGAAAUGUCUUGUUUUGUGAAGAGCCAAGUUAACCCCCUGGCUGUACUCAUUACCCCUAUAGUGGAAGGUGCGCCGGACGCUGGCGUUCUCCAUCCACGAUCUGGCCCUGAUCCUGGGGGACCAGCUGACGGCGGCCGACCUGGUGCCCAUCUUCAACGGCUUCCUCAAGGACCUGGACGAGGUGCGCAUCGGCGUGCUCAAACACCUCUACGACUUCCUCAAGGUGAGACCACGAUACAUGUAACGAGCAACUGUGUAGCGAUUCUAAAUCGGUAAUCUACACAUUAAAACGUUUGAUCCACCUGCUGUGCUGUUUUAAUAGCCUGGUCCCAGAUCUGUUUGUGCUCUUUUUGCCAACUCCAUUGCUCAUUGUCAAGCCAAACAUUGACAAUGAGUGACAAGGAGUUGGCAUGAUUGCACAAACAGACUGGAACUCAGGCUACCAUAUUACGUGUCACAUGGUAAAUCUAGAGUGGAUUUUAAAUUUAGAUGGCUGCCUGACUUGACCUGUGUAUUGGGUUCAUAUGGUUGUCAUAGAACCGAUUUGUCUUUCACAAUAACAACAUGUUUAGUCUAUAGGUAGAGAGGCAUUUUUCUGUCUUUUUACACUUGUUCCGUUUGUCUCCACUUCUUUUGAUACUUGUGCCUUGCGUCACUAAUGAAUGAGAAUUUGUUGUCCAGGGGUUUUGUAACGAUGAAUAAUGCUAACUUUGGUGAGACAUGAUAAGGGUCGUUCCACCAAUUCGGUGCCUUUUGAGAUGUGUAACUUGGUAAAAUAUAUAUAUAUAUGUUUUGGUUUCACCCAAUUUUAUCAUUCUGUCAUAACAAAGUCAUUUUCCCUUCUCAAGAGAUUAAAUAAAACAAUUACUGAAGUAAGUGCCAAAUAAAGUAACUGGGUUGACCGGAACAGGGUUGAAGAUUUUAUCUUAAAUCAACCAUAAAUCCCCUCGUGACAGGGGUAAUGGAAGCGUGUUGUAUUGCAACAGGAAUGGAAGCUUCACAAAACAUUUUUCAUUGUUAAAACAUUUUUAGCUUAUCUAUCUAUGGGUAACAGGGUUGACGUGUUAUGCUCGACCCGCUCAGUUUUCCACCAGAAAAUGGCCAAAAAGGGUAGAACCAGCUGACCUGUUGUUAUACUAUGAUUUGACUAUUAGUUAAAUGUUUCUUGUGAAAACAUAUUUUUUUAAAGGAAUACUUACACCAUAUUAUAACUAAAGUUGAGUUCACGUUACGGGGGUUGACCUUAAAAAAAGCGACAGAUGUAAAUGAUAAACUAAUCACAUUAAAUAAAUCAUUAAAAUUCAAUAUCGGUGCACAAUUUCUACUUAAAAUAUCAAAGGGAUGCAAACGGCACUGUUUUGGUGGAACGACCCAUAACUUGGAUCUGUUGCUGUGGUGUUUCAGCUUUCUGUCUUCUGUCUUGUCUUGUGGCAGCUGCUCCAUGCGGAGAAGAGGAGAGAGUACCUGUACCAGCUGCAGGAGUUCAUGGUGACGGACAACAGCCGCAACUGGAGGUUCAGAUACCAGCUGGCCGAGUGAGUCUCCCAUUCAUUUAGAUACCAGCUGGCCGAGUGAGUCUCCCAUUCAUUUAGAUACCAGCUGGCCGAGUGAGUCUCCCAUUCAUUUAGAUACCAGCUGGCCGAGUGAGUCGCCCAUUCAUUUAGAUACCAGCUGGCUGAGUGAGUCUCCCAUUCAUUUAGAUACCAGCUGGCCGAGUGAGUCUCCCAUUCAUUUAGAUACCAGCUGGCCGAGUGAGUCUCCCAUUCAUUUAGAUACCAGUUGGCCGAGUGAGUCGCCCAUUCAUUUAAAUACCAGCUGGCCGAGUGAGUCGCCCAUUAAUUUAGAUACCAGCUGGCCGAGUGAGUCUCCCAUUCAUUUAGAUACCAGCUGGCCGAGUGAGUCGCCCAUUCAUUUAAAUACCAGCUGGCCGAGUGAGUCGCCCAUUCAUUUAAAUACCAGCUGGCCGAGUGAGUCGCCCAUUCAUUUAGAUACCAGCUGGCCGAGUGAGUCGCCCAUUCAUUUAGAUACCAGCUGGCCGAGUGAGUCUCCCAUUCAUUUAGAUACCAGCUGGCCGAGUGAGUCGCCCAUUCCUUUAGAUACCAGCUGGCCGAGUGAGUCUCCCAUUCAUUUAGAUACCAGCUGGCCGAGUGAGUCGCCCAUUCAUUUAAAUACCAGCUGGCCGAGUGAGUCUCGCAUUCAUUUAGAUACCAGUUGGCCGAGUGAGUCUCCCAUUCAUUUAGAUACCAGUUGGCCGAGUGAGUCUCCCAUUCAUUUAGAUAUCAGCUGGCCGAGUGAGUCUCCCAUUCAUUUAGUUCAGGGCCAAUCUUUCUCAUUCAUUUAGAAUGGAGGCCUCCUGAUUUCUCCCAAUAGAGGGCGCACUUGCCACAAGACUGUGAUGGCAUGCACCAUUUUAGUAGUCCACUUGGAUGGGACUUCCAAUGGAUCACAGAGUCCGAUCUAGGUCAGCAGGAUGGAUCAGCCAAUGAAUUAUGCUCCUUAGCAGGAUGGCAUAUGACAGUCAAUUACUAACAUUGGGCCCGUAUCCACAAAGCGUGUCAGAGUAAGAAUCAGUUUUGCCUUUUAGAUCGUAAUAAGAUGAUAUAGAUAUAUAGAUAGAUAUAUAUCCUAGAUCAGCACUCCUACUCUGAGACAGUUUGUGGAUACAGGUCCUGGUCCCAGAUCUGUUUGUGCUCUUGUCCACUCCAUUGCUCAUUGUCAAGCCAUACAUGACAAUGAGUGACAAGGACUAGGUUUUAUUACUCUGUGCUGCCAAUGCAUAUAGAAAUAUUGUUGGACUCCUUUGCGGAGUGAAGAUAUCAGAGAAAGAAAAUGUACUUUAUUUAGGAUGACCCCUAUACUUCAGAGCCAGUGUGUGUUGAACAGAACGUCUUCAUGUGUGUGUCCACAGGCAGCUGAUCUUGAUCAUCGAGUUGUACAGCCACUAUGAUGUGUAUAACUACCUCAGACAAAUAGCACUGACCCUCUGCUCAGACAAAGUGUCGGAGGUCCGGUGGAUCUCUUACAAGCUGGUAGGCAUGCCGUUUGUACUUGAAAAAAUUUGUUAUUUUUUAUUAUACAUUUUUAACAUUUUCACGUACUCAGAUUGUCCUGAAUGAUAUGACGUUUGUGCGCACGUCUGUAUUGUGACAAACUUCUGUGGAAGUGUACAGUCAUCUCAUCUUCAUGCAGUGACCUGCUUUUCUUAAGAAUGGGAAGCACCCAAAUAUUGUGUCGCAAAUGGCACCCUGUUCCCUAUAUAGUGUUCUAACUUGUUCUCAACUGGCUUACCUGGUUAAAUAAUGGUGCUGAGUGAUUAGUGCUUUUUGAGGUCGGUUCGAUUCUUAAAAAACAUAAUCAAAGUUUUUGAUUUUGGUUUCGAUAAUUGUAAAUUUUUUUAUGCAUUAUUAAAUAAUUCAACAUUCAAUUGCCAAAACAUUGUAAAUAUUCCAUUGUCUGUUUCAGGUCCACAUUGGGUUGACAUCAAUAGGAAAUAACUAUGAAAUAAUAACAUAUUUCAUUAUUGUAUAUUACUUAGUUUUUAUUUGAUGACUUCAUUAUUUUUCAUUCCUUAAAGUCAUCAUCUCAUCUCUGCUCAGGCAGUAGCAGCCAGCCAGCCAGCCAGACAACCAUCUAGCGUUAUCUCUAUGCUCCGUCAUACUGUACUGUCUUUGAGUCAUCCUAUUUAGCUAGGCUAGUGGCUAGCUGGUAGCUGCCUAAGUAUGCUGCAGGCUGUCUGACAAUAUCAUUUGACUAGCUCUUCAAAGUAGAUGCAGCAUACUUUCAAGACUGCUUAUUACCAACUACUACAACUACCAAUCGGGUAGAGCUACUUCACCAACUGUCUCUAUCCUUCUCUCAAUGGAUUAUGGUCAUUGUAUUUUAUUACCACGUUUAUGACGCGGCGCUAGGUUGAAUAUUUGCUUAAUGAAAACUACAACUCCCUUCAGCCCAGCAUCCCACAUACACUAUAUAUACAAAAGUAUGUGGACACCCCUUCAAUUUCGUCGAUUCGGCUAUUUCUGACGGGUGUAUAAAAUCGAGCACACAGCCAUGCAAUCUCCAUAGACAAACAUUGGCAGUAGAAUGGCCUUACUGAAGAGCUCAGUGACUUUCAAAGUGGCACCGUCAUAGGAUGCCACCUUUCUAACAAGUCAGUUUGUCCCGGUCAACUGUAAGUGCUGUUAUUGUGAAGUGGAAAUGUCUAGGAGCAACAACAGCUCAGCCGCGAAGUGGUAUGCCACACAAGCUCAUAGAACGGGACCGCCGAGUGCUGAAGCGCGUAGCGCGUAAAAAUCGUCUGUCCUCGGUUGCAACACUCACUACUGAGUUCCAAACUGCCUCUGGAAGCAAAGAACGCACAAUAACUGUUCAUCGGGAGCUUCAUGAAAUGGGUUUCCAUGGCCGAGUAGCUGCACACAAGCCUAAGAUCACCAUGCGCAAUGCCAAGAGUCGGCUGAAAUGGUGUAAAGGUCGCCGCCAUUGGACUCUGGAACAGUGGAAACGCCUUCUCUGGAGUGAUGAAUCACACUUCACCAUCUGGCAGUCCGACGGACAAAUCUGGGUUUAGCGGAUGCCAGGAGAACGCUACCUGCCCGAAUGCAUAGUGCCAACUGUAAAGUUUGGUGGCUUAGAUAAAAUGUUCUGGGGCUGUUUUUCAUGGUUCGGGCUAGGCCCCUUAGUUCCAGUGAAGGGAAAUCUUAACGCUACAGCAUACAAUGACAUUCUAGACGAUUCUGUGCUUCCAACUUUGUGACAACAGUUUGGUGUUAGGCCCUUUCCUGUUUCAGCAUGACAAUGAAUGAAAGCAAGUCCCAGCAGCAAUAUUCCAACAUCUAGUGGAAAGCCUUCCCAGAAGAGUGGAGGCUGUUAUAGCAGCAAACGGGGGACCAACUCCAUAUUAAUGUCCAUGAUUUUGGAAUGAGAUGUUUGACGAGUAGGUGUCCACAUACUUUUGGUAAUGAAUUGUAUUUACAUACACAGAACCCACCCCCUUACCCAGAUGAACAGUCAUUGGUUUAUUAUAAUCACAUCACAUUGUGACGUCAAGUUCCAUCCCACCUGAACAGGCUGAAAUUCAAGGCAUUUUCUUCAAACGGCUCAUACACAAUUUCAAAGUGUUAUUUUGACCUCAUAUUGUGGAAAUAUCAUCAAAUAUCAUCUCGUCUGUCCCAGGUGGUGGAGAUCUUACAGAAGAUGUAUGCGUGCGGAGCCCACGAGCUGGGCCUGAACUUCAUCAACGAGCUCAUCGUCCGCUUCUGCCACUGUCCAAAAUGGGUGGGCCGCCAGGCCUUUGCCUUCAUUUGCCAGGUCAGGAUACACAUAGUAUUAUGAAAAUAAAUCCUUAUAAACAUUAAUCCCAAUAGUUGCUAACUUCAGAAAAUGUUUUAGUGUGAAAUUGCAUCAGCCAUACUUGCCAUAGCACUAUUCUGAAAGAAGGCGGGUGUGAGAAUUGUAUGUCUGACUGCUUGGUCAUGUUCAUUAGGCACCAAACGGAAGGGAAACCAAUAAGAAAUGUAAACUUUAGUUUUCCGUUGUAAUAAAAAAAUAAUCUGUUGCAUUCCCUAAUGAACACGACCCUGCUCUCCAUCUGUCAUCUGUCUGUCUUUCUAUCUAAAUCAGUUUUUCUAUUAACUCUCUUCACUGUGUUCCCCAGGCCAUCGUGGAGGAGGACUGUAUGCCCAUGGACCAGUUUGCCCAGCACCUCCUCCCAAGUCUCCUCAGCCUGUCGUUGGACCCUGUGGCCAACGUCCGCGUGCUGGUGGCCAAAGCACUGCGGCAGAGUGUCAUGGAGAAAGGUAAAGACUGGGCCCUCUAUCUACCCAAGAAUAUGAACAAAAAUAACAUAUUUAAUGCCAUACACAAAAAUGUAUGCACGCAUGACUGUAAGUCGCUUUGGAUAAAAGCGUCUGCUAAAUGGCAUAUUAUUAUUAUUAUUAUUAUUAUUAUUAUUAUUAUUAUAAUGCAUGUAGAUGCUUUAUGCUAUUGAUAAAGUCAAGAAUGGAAUAGAACUUAAUUAGCCUUCGAGAGGGAACAUGUCUCGCACAUUUAAACGCCCACACCAGUAAAUCCACUUUUUCCAGCUGAAAGAUGAUGGCCAGAGCUUACCCAUGAUGUUGUACAACAAUUUAUGUCAAUAGGUCAUCAUCAUUUUAGUCAAAGUGAUAUAUUUGGCCUUGAAGUGGGACAUUCGUGGAAAUCCGUAUUUUCCAAUGAGAUAACGUACGAAUUAUUUUUCAAACUACAUUUAUUUUCAGGGCUGGAUUUUAUUUGAAUGUUACCACCCACCAGCAUGGCAUUGUUUAUUAAUCAGAAACAGCUGCCAAGUUCUUCCUCUUCGCAAAUGAGCUGAGCCAAACAGCCUUGCGUCCUGAGCCAUGAAAGCAAAUGAAAAUAGUGUUGUGAGGGAGGACCCUCCAGAAUAAGCAGGUCUGUGGCUUAUUGACAACUAUCUCCUAUUAGUGAGACGAGGCAACCUCCAAAGUGUUCCAAACAGAGGACUUCAUUGAAUGGUCUAAAACAGAACAGAAACAGAAAUAGAGAUAUGAUACAAUACACAUUAAAUGAAUAAAUAGCAGGAGAAGAGCAUAACUACUGUGCAUGGAUGAAUUAUAUUGAAUAGAGCAAUAUCAAUAGAUAAGUAAAACACUGUACAUGAUUAUAAAACAUAAAGGCUGAAUGGUCUCAGAGGUACAUUUACAUGUAUCUUAUUAUCAGCUGUUGUCAAACACUGAACACUGAAAAUACAUUAUCUUCCUCAUUACAGUAAUUUAUCAGACGCUCUUAUCCAGAACGACAUACAGUUAGUGAGUGCAUACAUUUUCAUACUUUUUUUCGUACUGGUCCCCCGUGGGAAUCGAACCCACAACCCUGGCGUUGCAAGCGCCAUUUUCUACCAACUGAGCUAUACGGGACUAUAUACAGGUAUACAACAAGAGCACUACACAACAUUAGCAACAAGAGGGAGGACUGUAUCAAACUGUAUAUGCUGAAUGGUAUCACACAGUAAUACAAUGAGAACAAUAGAUGGUAUGAAAUAAUAAUAAAUAGGAGUUUGUAAAUAGUCACUAAUUAUUGCCGACCAUAAUAUUGGUUAUAGCAUAGUAAUAGCAGGAGGGAGGAACUAAAUGUAGCAUAGCUGCUCUAGUACACAUUCAAUAGUACCAACUGUAGGAACAAGUAACAGCUUACAUUUUCCAACGCACCCCAGAAGACAUAACUCCAGCCACGCUGUCACAAGGAUAACACCCGGAGGAAAACAAGACGUCUCGAGCUGAGGCCUAUAUUUAAAGUGAUCAUAAUCCAUUGGAUAAUUUGUCUUUUUUUUUUUUUUUUUUUGCUAUUGUAUAAAUGCGUGAUAUGAUUGCAUUUAGCAAAUUCAGAUCCAGCCAUAGCCUAGCCAGCUGGCUAAUCUUUUGAAUACGGUGUAUAACAACAGAUAACAUUAGCUAGGUAGAUAAGGUUAGCAUGCAAUCUAGCUAGGUAGAUAAGGUUAGCUAGAAAAGCUUAGCAUGCUUGCUAGCUAGCUAGCUAGCUAGCUAGAUAAGCUUAGCAUUCUAGCAAGCUAGACUGACAGCUGUCAGUGCCCUAUUUGUUGUUUCUCCACGUGGAAAUCCCCACAACGUACCUUCCCACCCCAGAUUCGUGAAUAUGUAUAAGUAGACUCCCAUCAUUCUUCAGAGGUGGAACCGUAACAAGCAUUUCCGCUCUAUUACUAGAAUGAUCGAAAUAGGGGUGGCAACUUCCUCUGAAGGGGUCUUUUGAAAUGCAUCAGCAAUGUAAAAACUGAUGUAGUACACAUUCAAGCUAUUGCUAGACCAACUUCUUUGUGGAAAGAGUGUUGAAUUGGCCACUGAUGAAACAGUGAAUGACAGCAGUUAGAGCGAACUGUAGCCUUUCCCAGUUCCAACUGAUUUUCUCUCUCAUGGCAUGGUGUUGUUUUUGCUCCUCCCAAAUGUGUUAUGCGGUAUGUUCCAAUAUCCAAACGAGCAUACCACUUAGAAUAUUGUAUUCCCUCUCUCUUCUGUGGACUAUUUUCUCCCUUCAUUUUGUUGUUAAUGUUUUCCCUCUAUUCUUCAUUGUUCUCCAUAUUUCCCCAGUUUCCUACAUUCUUAUAUUUAAUUAUGUUAAGUACUGCCCACCGGUCCACCCAUUAGGGCCUCAUUGACUUGAAUUGGGACACCCAUUCUAGUAAUUAUAUUUCUAUGGUUGUGACCCAUGUAAAAUGCACUUUAAAUACAGUGGGGGAAAAAAGUAUUUAGUCAGCCACCAAUUGUGCAAGUUCUCCCACUUAAAAAGAUGAGAGAGGCCUGUAAUUUUCAUCAUAGGUACACGUCAACUAUGACAGACAAAAAUUCCAGAAUAUCACAUUGUAGGAUUUUUAAUGAAUUUAUUUGCAAAUUAUGGUGGAAAAUAAGUAUUUGGUCAAUAACAAAAGUUUCUCAAUACUUUGUUAUAUACCCUUUGUUGGCAAUGACACAGGUCAAAUGUUUUCUGUAAGUCUUCACAAGGUUUUCACACACUGUUGCUGGUAUUUUGGCCCAUUCCUCCAUGCAGAUAUCCUCUAGAGCAGUGAUGUUUUGGGGCUGUCGCUGGGCAACACAGACUUUCAACUCCCUCCAAAGAUUUUCUAUGGGGUUGAGAUCUGGAGACUGGCUAGGCCACUCCAGGACCUUGAAAUGCUUCUUACGAAGCCACUCCUUCGUUGCCCGGGCGGUGUGUUUGGGAUCAUUGUCAUGCUGAAAGACCCAGCCACGUUUCAUCUUCAAUGCCCUUGCUAAUGGAAGGAGGUUUUCACUCAAAAUCUCACGAUACAUGGCCCCAUUCAUUCUUUCCUUUACAUGGAUCAGUCGUCCUGGUCCCUUUGCAGAAAAACAGCCCCAAAGCAUGAUGUUUCCACCCCCAUGCUUCACAGUAGGUAUGCUGUUCUUUGGAUGCAACUCAGCAUUCUUUGUCCUCCAAACACGACGAGUUGAGUUUUUACCAAAAAGUUAUAUUUUGGUUUCAUCUGACCAUAUGACAUUCUCCCAAUCCUCUUCUGGAUCAUCCAAAUGCACUCUAGCAAACUUCAGACGGGCCUGGACAUGUACUGGCUUAAGUAGGGGGACACGUCUGGCACUGCAGGAUUUGAGUCCCUGGCGGCGUAGUGUGUUACUGAUGAUAGGCUUUGUUACUUUGGUCCCAGCUCUCUGCAGGUCAUUCACUAGGUCCCCCCGUGUGGUUCUGGGAUUUUUGCUCACCGUUCUUGUGAUCAUUUUGAUCCCACGGGGUGAGAUCUUGCGUGGAGCCCCAGAUCGAGGGAGAUUAUCAGUGGUCUUGUAUGUCUUCCAUUUCCUAAUAAUUGCUCCCACAGUUGAUUUCUUCAAACCAAGCUGCUUACCUAUUGCAGAUUCAGUCUUCCCAGCCUGGUGCAGGUCUACAAUUUUGUUUCUGGUGUCCUUUGACAGCUCUUUGGUCUUGGCCAUAGUGGAGUUUGGAGUGUGACUGUUUGAGGUUGUGGACAGGUGUCUUUUAUACUGAUAACAAGUUCAAACAGGUGCCAUUAAUACAGGUAACGAGUGGAGGACAGAGGGGCAUCUUAAAGAAGAAGUUACAGGUCUGUGAGAGCCAGAAAUCCUACUUGUUUUUAGGUGACCAAAUACUUAUUUUCCACCAUAAUUUGCAAAUAAAUUCAUUAAAAAUCCUACAAUGUGAUUUUCUGGAUUUGUUUUCUCUCAAUUUGUCUGUCAUAGUUGACGUGUACCUAUGAUGAAAAUUACAGGCCUCUCUCAUCUUUUUAAGUGGGAGAACAUGCACAAUUGGUGGCUGACUAAAUACUUUUUUCCCCCACUAUAAAUGCUGACUUGACUUGUACUUUCAGCGUACUUCAAAGAGCCGGGCAGUGCCUACUUAGACGAGCUGGAGGAGACGGUGAUGGCCCUGCAGGCGGACAAGGACCGAGACGUACGCUUCUUUGCCAGCCUGGACCCCAACAUGGUGCUUAUGGACACGGCUGCCUUAAACCAGAACCAGACAGACAGCCUGGACCCCAACAUGGUGCUUAUGGACACGGCUGCCUUAAACCAGAACCAGACAGACAGCCUGGACCCCAACAUGGUGCUUAUGGACAUGGCUGCCUUAAUCUAG